ACGUAAACAAGCUCACCACGAGACGGGAAGAUAAGGAAAAUAUGUUCCGGUUUCGGUUCUAUAUUGACGUUUAUUUCUCUUCUGUAAUUAGUUUGCUUUAGGAUUGUCGGCACUUAUGAGUCUCGAUGAGGAGGUCUCGAGAACUGAGCUCUUUGAACUUGUAAAAUAUUUCUCUAAAUAUCCCUACAGAGCCCGAGACACUAACCCAAAGGUAGGAGGUUAAUAGAUCACAAUUGUGAUGUGUUACUGCCUAUCUUAUUUUUUACAACUGUUGUCUUCGGACAACUUUUAAUCGGUCGCCUUAUCUCUGUGUAAAUCAUUCUAGGUCGAGGGAAUACAGAAGAAAUGUUUGCAGUUGUUUGCCAAAGAUUAUAAGUUCACGGUUAGUUGAAUGUCCCAUAUAGAAAUGAAAUUAUUGAAGCAUAUAAGUUUACUUUAAGCUUAAGUUUAUAAGUUUGCUUGCGUUUCAGUUUCUUUUCUCCGGCCGGCUUUAAUGCAGGAACUUUGCGGCUAUGAAGGCUUGUUUCUCAUGGCUGUUUUAUAUAAUUAACGUGUUAAUAUUGUUGUUUUGUUUGGUUUUCUUUUAGACCGUUACCAACAAUGGCGACCUAUGCGGGCAUUACCCUCUCAAACUGGUUAUUUUGGAAUCGAAACUGACCAAUGAUUUAGAAAAUGUCGACAGGUAGAUAUAACCACCGUUCCAGUAUAUUUCAUUCUUUAAAAAUAGCCAAUCUUUUUUUACUAUGUUACUUAAACACUGUGCAUGUACACUGAUUGACUUGAAGUGUUGUAUGUAUUUCGACCUCACACUUUUAUAAUUGUUACUUUGCUUUCGUGCAAUUAAUUUAUGCCCACGUGGCGGCCUAAUAGAGUCUUUACUAUCUUUAUUUAAUUGUUAAUUAAGUGAAUAAUACUUGGAGGCUCAGUAGGUUAAGUGAGUUGCUAGUAGCCAUCCCAACCUGAAAGAGAAUCAAACACAGCAGGCCUCCACUACCGAGUAAACCUGUCUCAUCUAAAUACCAGAAAAAGGCAGGCAAAACGUUAAGAAUUCUGCUUAGGCCAGUUUGAAGAAAUUCAUUCUGUAAGAAUUGUGUGAAAUAUAUUUUAAAGAGUUCUUUGCAUGAUUUGCUUAUUUAGCAUGUACAGGAGCAUGGUAUUGAAACUGAAACAAGGAUGAUUUAAGAAUUUUCUUUUGAAUGUACAAAGGUCCACAUGUUAAGUACAAACUGGCAGUAUGUACAAUCUAUCAUUUUCCAGACCCUUUUGAAGUGUUUUUUUUUUCAAGUUUGACUAAGGAGCAAUGAGCUCAUAUUAAGUGACACUGCAGUAAAGAGCUCUAGUGAAUAAGUAAAGUUGCCAAGUUGGAAGGUGAAAUGUCUGAAGUGAGCAAAGAUAUGCAUCCUCAAGAGCCGGGGUUACUCAACAAAGUCUUAUGCAGGAGGCUCUGCCCUGAGGUCCAACCUCCAACCUUUUACAUACCAUUUUUGAGAGUAAAGGCACCCCUUUCACAUACCUUCUAUUGAAAAAUGCUACCUCUUUAACAUACAUACAGUUUGGAACACUGUAUCUCUUCUAACUGCUGUAAAUGCUCUUUGAAAUCCAUGAAGUGUGUCUGUUAGCACCUUUUGGUCCUUUCACAUACCAAAAUGACAGAUUUCCUUAGCCUUUCAUAUAACUAUACUUUAACUAAUGAAAUCCCUACCCUUUCAUAUACCUGAAGAUGUUUGUAUUGUGGGAGCACAAACUUGCCCCCACCAUAUGAACAUCUGUAAAGUUUGUUUUUCUCCUGGAUUCAUUAAUAUUAAAGAAAAUUCUUUUUGACGAACCAAAACAUGGCCAGGUAGUGCAAUUGGAAUUCAGACACUUUAUGGACAUGGCCUUAGAAAUCAAUAUACACUAGAAUUUUUAAAUGUCAAAUGUUGAAAUGAAUGUUGCUUUGUUUGAGUUUUGUUUUACUCGAAACUCUACUUUUAGUCAAGUCUCUUAGUGCAAAAUAUAGGCCGGAUCGUUACAGACGUGACAAAAGUGUCAAAUUUGGCACAGAGCUUCCUUAGUACCUGCCGAUUAAUACUGGAGGGGGUGCCCGUUACAAAUGGUCCUAUUUACAGAUAAAAGGGGGGGUUAACUUUCACCUAUAAUAGCAGAUUGGGUUCCCUGUGGUGUGUACUCUUCUUGUUUGAUUUGGCUAAAAAACAUUUGUUUCAAAGUUUUAAGUUUUUAAUUUGGUGAUGUUAGUUGUUGUUACACUAUUCAAAAUAGUUUUACAUGUACAUAACACUGACUAGUGCCCAGUCUCCACACGGUAAAUUUGGCCAUGUUCGCUGUGUUGCUAUCAGUGUCACCGCUAAGACUUGCCAGUGAUAAUAUCAUUACAUAUCAAUUUAAACAGAUCACAAAGCCAGCCUUCAAAGAUGUCAUACAAUAACAUAAAACCCAAACGUAUCAUAUCCUAAACGGCAGAAUCGUUAAAUUUUGACGUGCCACAUGAAAGACCUCAUGAACCAUAACUGACAACGCGCCCACUUUGUAAUUGUGCAGCUAAGACUAGAUUAUAAUUUGAUUCCUUGGUAACCCUGUCAUUAAAACAUGUCAACCUCGUCCUCAGGGAGAAAAGGAGGAGAAAGGGUGGCACAGUUGGCUAGUGCACAGCCUUCGGUGUGCGAGGUCCCGAGUUCGAUCCCCGAUGUCAACACAUCCUUAUUUCAGCUUCUCUGCUUUCUGUGUAGCUUUGACUAGCUUUAAAUACCCUUAAAACGGCCGAGCAUUGAUGGAGAGAGAGGGGUAAAAGGAGUGCACCGUCCACCUGGUUUAUCAGUUAUUAUUACCGUCUCGAGUUAUUGACGUAAAAUAUGGUCGCUUUACCUUUUUCUACCUUUUUAUUAAGCCCUGGGGACGAGGAUGUAAAAUAGGCUUCUCCAGGAAUUUUUAAAACUCUUUAUUUUUUACACAUUUACAUUUAAAAAGAAGUGUAUGAGGUCCCCGCAUGCCUAGACACCUGUAAGGAGCUCAUUCACUUCAGAGCCCUUGCACCAGAGUAUUAAUGGUAGGUCUAUACAGUCUUCCAAAAAAAAGGAAGGUCGUUGUGUUCGUUACAGUUUACAAACAAACUAACUUCAGAAGAGCUGAAAGUUACAGGAACCACAAGGCCUCUUUUAGCCAACCAAUGAUGCAUCAUUUAUGAAAAUGAACGUAUUAUUUCAUUAAUGCAAUUAGGGGAAUACCGCGUGGUUACGAAAUCUUACGGUCAUGAAUUCCUCAAGAGCAAAUCAGUUACCACCUUUCCCCAAAUAAUGCUGGGGAAAAUUACAGAAAAUACCAAAAAAAAGCAAGGGUAAACAAUAAUUAUGGCGUGGUCCCUUAUAAUAAUGGAGUGGUGAUGGUAAAAAAACCCAUCACUGCCAAAACUUUGACCACUCAAACAGAUUUUUGACAGAUUACAUACCGCAAAACUUUGCAUUCACUUAUGCCUAUGUUGCCACACCAGGAGCCUAGAAAUCGACUCCUGGUCACACCUUGUUUUUAUUGCUGAAUAUCAUUCUAAAGAGCUUUACGAAAUAUUUUGUUAGUAGGGGUGUUUUGAACAUGAUUGAAAUUUAGGGAUGGUGAUAAAAAACGAAGACAAAAAAAGUCACAAAAUGAGACGCAUGAAACCACCGCAAUCUUAUAUUCGUGUUACACCGAUGUAAUGGCUCCUUUGGCUGCUAUGCUGACGUUUUUUAAGAUGGAAGUAGUAUCACAGCUAGUCCCGGGUUAGGUAUACUGUUUAUUACCAGUUCCACAGUUCCUGAGACUUAAAGCCUGUUAACAUAAAGGUGGGGGACCCCAGGUAGGUGAGGUAACCUGCUUAGGUUCAUCUUUGUGCUGGUGUGAGGUAAAAAAUAACCCUCCUUUACAUGCCAUCUUACAACCCCGCCAUCCUGGGGUGCACUUCCUCAAGAUUAUUGAAUGGUCCCUAAGCAUGUAAACAAGAAAAAUGCUGGCUACGCUCACUUGCUGCUCUUGCUGGAACCUUCAGUGUUGUGGCUUUCUAUUGUUACCUUCAAUAAAUAUGUGAAGUCACCCUGCGCCAAAGUGAAUUUUGCGCGAAUUUGAUGCAUCAGGAAUCCGACCCCGAAUAGCCUGGGUUACCUCACCCUGAAACGUUGACAUGGCAAAAUUUGACCUCAGCUGAGAGGGUUACCCGGUGUGGCAGACCAGGCUACCCACCUUUAAGGGUCACCCCACCUAUCAUGUGAAUGUGAUCAAAUUGAAAUGAGAGAUUACAUGGACAGGCGGGUUACCCCACCUAAGUGGGAUACCAUGCCUACCUGGGGUCCCCCUCCUCCAUGUAAACAGGCCGUAAAAGUUAGCCCGGCCCCCUUUCUACAGUUUCAGCAGUUAAGCCAUUCACCAUUUUUCAUUUGAGUCAAUCUUGUACCACUUGAGUCUCACUUUUACGACUUGAGAAGCUGUUUUUUGGACACGAGCACUAGUGCUUCAGUGCCAAAUAUAGAGGCUUCAUGAUAAACCGUGCUGUUUUUUGAAGCUUGGGCUAACUUGUUUCCUUUUUUCGUUUAUGAGACCAGAUUCUUUUUUGUUUGUUUUUUCUUUGUAAAGCUUAAACAAACUGCGGGAAUUGUAAAUGAUAUGACUUGUGCCACGAUGCAUGCUUCUCUGUCAAAACAUGCACGUGCGUCCAGCAGAUAAAGAGAGACUGAAAGGCAUCCAGGCCUAUGUUAAGCUGAAAAAUUAAUAAGAACUACUUUGGGUUCUGUCAUUUCGUUAUUUGGUGUUCAUGAGCAGCUGCCAUAAAUCCCUGAUAAUAUGUGAUACAACAGACUCUUUGACAAUUUCCUUUUUCUGAAAUUUUGUGUGUGAAUCACUAGGCUAUAAGCUUUCUUUAGCUUAAAGUGACAUGCAAUGACAAAUAAUACUUGAUAAAUAAGGCUAGCGCUUAAGCCACACAAUAAAGCCUCCUCUAAUUGAAAUACACUAGAAAAGGAGAAGAGAACCCCAGAAGCUGAGACGAGGCCAUCUUGGAAAUGACUUAUGAAAAUGUGGGUGGACUGUGGACUUGCUUUUAAGGCACAUUAAUAAUUAACUUAAUUAUACAAUCAAUAAGCUAAUAAUGGAUGGGAAUGCCAGAUGUUCGAGGGAAAUUGUUGUUUACUACAUGAAAAGAGCAUUCUGAGUGAUUUAAGGUAUUAAAUUAAUAACAAUUUUCAAUCAAAACACCACAGGGACCCCAGCAGGUGAAAUUUACAAUAAUUAAAUCCUGUUUAGCACGCUUCAGUGGCAUAUUUGCAUUGGGCACCCCCUCUAAUAUUCAUGGCACUGCAAUAAGCUAUCACUGUGCAAAAUUUGGUGCUUUUGUCAACUCUGUAACGAUCCUGACCUUAAGAGACCUGACUAUUUGUUUUCAGUCAUUGGCAUUACUGUAAAAACGAAAAAGGCGUUUAUCAAACUGUAACUGGUAGGUUGUCUUGAGGGGAAAUGUCAGGUACUCUUCUGGUAACAGGCAUGAAUUGUCAGCUUGGCUAGUUCCAAUGAUUGUUGAUUAUUAUUAACUUCAAAUGAGAGCUAAUUUUACCAAUUCAGUUGUAAGACCUUUGUAAUCAUAAAUGGAUUUUUUCUAGUCACAAGUCUUUUUAUCAUGCAUUAACCAUACUCUUACUUUAGGCUUAAUUAUGAACUUUUCACUGUUCAUGAUCAGAAAAUAUACUUUUAAUAAAUGCAGGUAACAGUUUCAUUACCAUGAAAACACAGUUAUUUUCAUUCUUUACAAAUUAGUUAAGCAGUUUUCUUAAGGAUAUGUAGACAAACAUUUUCAGAAUGGUGUAUUGUAUCAAGUGCUGUGAAAUAUUGCAAACAAAUGCAAUUUUUUAAGUUUGACAGAACAAUAAAAUUGCAGUAAACUGCUGAGUUUUAUACUCAAUUAUCGGUUUAUAAUCACACUUAAAUUGUGAAUCAAGACAUUAUGGAAUCGGGCCUGUAGAAACGCGUCGCUAGUAAAUGCAAAUUUUUCUGUCAAUCAAAUGUGUCCCAUUAUUUGUAGGUGGAAAUUGGUGGAACAUCGUUAUUGUUUUGGAGACAAUAGAAGAAUAAAAGAUAACAGAAAGAUUAAGUUAUGCGGUCUUAAAGUGUGUUGCGUGACUUUAAUCAGUUGCAGCAUUUCUCCUAACUUUCCCACAUUAAAACGUUGCAAUGAAAAGUCUGAAGUGUAGCUUUUAAAAUCUUGAUAGCCAAAAUAAAAAGGGUGCCCCAAAAGGCAAGCAUUUGGGAAUUCAAAAUGGAUAUUUUUGUCUCCAGCGAAAUCCGGCAAAUGAACAGUAAUUUGCAUAUAAGCAUAAGUGAAGCGAAAUAGAUACAAAUUGCCGUGGUUGUAAACACAACGUUUCCGCGAAGUUUUCUUCCUUUUGAAAGCGUAAAUUCUGAUGAAAGAGCUCAGCUUGCACAAAAUAAUAUAAAAUGAAACGAAGCAAAUCGAAAAGUGGUAAAAAAAAAGUCAGGAUAUUUCAGUUCGAUGGAAAGUAAGUGAUUGGGUAGGUGAUUUGCAUACUGAUAAAAAUAACGUCUAGCGCAGUUCAAAACCAUCCGGCUUCCUGAUUUGUUUUUGUGGAAUUCUACACAUUCUGCUGGCCUAAAUUGUUAAGAUAAUUAUCUUAUGAAGUCAAAAUAUUUAUCCAGUUGAGCAUUUGCAUUUCCUUAUAAAAGAGAGAGUAGCACGAAAGCUUCAAUCUAUUGAUUUUCUUAAGUUAAAUUACCUUUGUAUCGUGGAAACAAUCCCCUAACACUUGAGUCUCGAACAAAGGACACGACAUGCGUCGGCUUCCUUUGUGAGCACACAAAUAGUCAUGGGGCCCGCGAUUUUGCGGGCGACACGGAUCUACAGGCACCGCUCCGUAAUGCCACAGCUGUACUUUAGCAGCGCCAUGUGGCACCUAACUUUUGCUCUUGGGUGAAUAGAAAAUCAUACUUUUUUUGUACAAAUCAUAUACUGGACACCCUGUAUUUCACAAGUUCAGAGCACUGGGCACCCUUCAAUUUUUCUUGCAGCAAUGCCUUGAAAACAGAAAGGACUUGCUUUACUAGGCAAGUAUCAGUUGUUACAACAAUAGUUAGCAACAUGCAUACGAGAUUAAACUGCAAAUACAUGUUCUUGUAGAAAACAUUCUGGACAGGGAUGAAGAAAUAUUUUCUAUGUCACAUUGAAGAUUUUUAAGUUGUUGUGUUUCUAGCAUUAUGCAUUAAAAGCUUUGUGUUAUUGAUUCUGCUAUUUGUUUCUCCUUCUUUUACCAGGGAAAAGUGCAAAUUAUGUUCAUAUAUUAGCACUUUAGAAUGCAACUUCAUGUAACUUUUUACCUUGUUUAUUUAUAAAAUAACUAAGAUAGUACCCACUCUCUGAUUGGCUGAGAGGAGUGUUUGUGUGAGAGUAUGUAAACAUGGUUGUGGCAUCAAGAUGUUUUGCUUUUUGCGCGCUAAUCACGCAAGUAUGAAUUUGAAAAAGUUUUGUAGUUCAAAACUCGACAAUUUUCCUCCGUUUGCCCAUUCCUUUGUCAGCUGAAACUUGGAAAAUCAUUACAAAGAAGGUGUGUCAAUUUUUUUUCACUUAAGCUGACAGAUGGCACCAAUAUCACUAAGCAAUAAAAAAAUGAACUUCUACACUUGCCUAAGAUUUCAGCUUUUCUGAAGAAAAAUGCCACGGAAAAUGCUUGCAAGAGCAUUUCUGAGCCUCUAGAUUUCAAAAUUUUCUGGGGCGGGGGCAUGGCCCCAUACCCCCCUAGCAGCUCGUGCCUUCGGCACUCGAAACUUGCCUUUUCUUGUUCUGAAGUCUGGCUACGGCUCUGGCAUUAACGGCCGGUCAAUUCAGAUGUUGCUGAGAGGAGAAAAUGACUCAAAGCAAUCAAAUGAAAUUCAGGCUAGGUCAAUAACAUGGAAUCAGUAGAAAUCAGUAUUUCGGCAGUUUGACAAUUCUGAUGGAAGUGAAGUAAUGAUGUUAAAGUAUCAAUCUUAACAUUGAAUGAUGUAUAAUUUUAUUGCAGGUGUUAGAAAAGGAGGUGAUUUAAUCACUUGAGUAAAGUAAUCUUGUAGACAACAUGCAUUCUUUCAUGUACAAAUUUUAAGAGGGGCAAAGUCCAACAUCUUCAUGUGCAAAUUGUGUGUGUGAGCUAUUUUUAUGAUCCUGUUUACAAGUUCUCGAAUUCCCUCACGUACCAACCAUGAAAGGGAGCAAAGUCCAACACUUUUAUGUGCCAGCUGUUUGACUGUAGAUCAUGUAGAUUGGUUUUUCCCAGUAAUAAUAGUAACUUGAACGUAUGAAGACCUGUUUUGUUUUGUAACUAAUGCCUUAAGGUGACUCGACUGGUUUUUUGGGGGGGAUGCCUCUCAAGUUUGAGCAUUAACUAUGUAGGCAUGAGUAAAGAUAUGGAAAAAAGGUUACCAUAGCUGUAUCAUAUAUAUGAAGAUGAAAAGUUCUUAUGAUCUGGGUUUUAUUGCAAUUGGAGUCGCCAUGGCAACAUACUACAAUUACGUACUACUUACUACUUACAUCACUCUUGCUACUUGAAUGUAACUCCAAGUAGCAAAGUUGAUGUUGGUGAUGUGGCAGUGUCACAGGGAAGCUCGACAGCUGCCGAACAGCUCAACAGCUCAAGCCAAAAGAGAAACAAAUAGAAGAUGUAGCUGGAAAAUUCAGAUAUGAUCAUUUUGGAUAUCUUUGUAUGGUCUACUGUUUUCAAAUAAUUUGUCAUUUUCAAAUGCGUAAUACAUUAAAGUUUGACAAGGUUUUUCUGGACUAACAGGUUUUAAUUAGAAAAUUCUUGUGACAUUCGCGUGACAGGGCAAAAAGUGACCAAAAUGGUGCUGUAUUGAAGUCACCGCUCGAGAUAAACUGCCUCCUUAUUACGAGGCCAUUUGCAUACAAUGAAAGUUUACACCACUCAACCAACCAACCAACCAACCAGUUAGAAAUGAAUUCUGCAGGUUUUAUGAAUGACUGUAUUUUUUAAGUUGUAAUAAACUUGAUAACUGCUGUGUUGAAAGAAUACUUUCUGGUUAUGACCAGUUUAAAAUUGUACAUGUAUUUGAAAGCAAUCACUUUGUCAUAUCCCAGCACACUGCAAUGAUGAAUUUUUUUAAUAUAAAAGAGGUGGAUUUAGUGUGGACCUACUCUCACAAACCCCCUCAAAACUGAGGAAUAAGGAGCCAAGACUCAACCACAGAGCAAAGCUCCCCUGUGCAUUUCUUCCCAUGAAGGGCUUUCUUUACUUUUUCAAAACUCACCCCUUCUUUUCUUGAGCAGCUAAAUAAAGAAUGAUUUAAUUGUGGCAUUAGCGGUUUGUUACAUGCUAAUUAAUAUUUGUUGCCUUUUAUCACUUUUACAGUCCAAAAGCAAAUGAUGCCAAGAAACUUAAAGAUCUUUUUGUGAAGGCUAGAUUUGCCCGCUGUAGGUCAAGAUUUGUAGUACCUGUCAUUCUCUUUGAAGGAAAGGUAAAAAUUCACUCUUCCUUGUUACGUGCCGUCACAUUGUUAGAAUAAGUUGAUGUGUUGCUCUUAAAACCGUUUGUACUGCUACCCUUAUUUUGAAAGAGUUGUCGCUGUCCUUCUGUUUAAUUCCAAUUUUCACUAUGUGGUUGGCUUGUAGAGAGUUCUUCAAUGUGCCCAUUAAUUUUGUUACAAAUUUGCUUUGGUGAGUCCUGAGAUGAAUCUCAUGGUGAAUCAUUAAUCCAGCAGUCUUUGUUUUUCUUUUCCACUGCUACUGAAAACAGCUUCCUCAUUUAAUAGGGCUGUAAUCUGGGGCGGGGGGGGAGUACUGCCAUAUAUGGGCUAUAUAGGUAUGUGCCACUGUGAAGGGUAUGGUUUUCAAGCAGUUUACUCUAGGAUAGGGUGUAUAAAUCAGAGCGUUUGGGUCUAGAAUAGGGUAUCAUUUUUCAGGAAACUGAUCAGUUGGUUGAAGAUUUUAUCUAGACUAGGGAUUGUGCUAUAAGGUUUUGUUUUGGCUAGACUGUGCUAGUGACCACAGUAGUUUCUGGAAAACAGCUACCCUAGGAUAGGGGGGAUUUGGGUAGUUUACUCUAGUAUAGGGUAGCAAAAUUCAGCUGAACUACAACCCUGGACAAAACUGUUGAGACAAUUCCAUCUAUUUUCUAACUUUUGCGCCCUACUCCCGUCUCCCCUAAACACAAAAAGUAAACCCCCUCCCCACCCCCUAUUCAAAGUUGCCUUGGUCUAAAAACCAACGUGUAUAAUUGCCAUGCUAUCCUAAACAACUUUGGAUAAGGGGAGGGGGGAAAUCGGGCAUUCAUUUGGCGGCGGUUUCAGUUUUUGCCGGGAUGACAGGAAAAAAUAGGCAUUUUCGCGAUUUGUCUCAACAGGUUUUGUCCGGGGUUGUAGCUCUGGUAUAGGUUAAGGGUUCCAGGGUCCCAGCAGCACAUCCCCACCCAGAGUUAGUACCAGUAAUCAAAAUUUUGCAAAUUAGGGAAGUGUGUUUGAUGGGUAGGGGGAGGGUGGUGGGUAGUGCGUGGUAUUGGGAAAAGGGUGCAAAACCUGAUGGGCUUGUACUAUAGAGAAAUCAAAAUCAAACACUUUUAGAAAUAUGAAUAUCAGCAGCUGUCUUUAUCAGUGUUAUUGUUUGUCCUCCCACUUUACAAUUCGUUACUAUUUCAUUUUUCCUCAAAAAUGCAAGAGCGUACUGGUACUUUUUACAUUUACUUGGCUAAACCUCUAAGUAAAGUACAUGCAAGUAACAACAGGUCAAACACUGACUAUGAUCCUCCAGAUGUUCUUUUGCACUAUAGGAUGAUCAAUAAAAUUGGCUAAAAAUUGGGAUACAGAAAAUUAAAGUUAUCUGAAAAGUUUGAGCGUCGCUUAUCACUUUAAACCCUUGUUGUUGACACUAGGCUAACACGACUCACCUACUUAGCACUGUUUUCAAAAUGCAACGCACACGGAAUUAUUGAGAUGAAAAGGCCAAUGUUUCACUGUUCAACUUCUUGUAUAUUUUUCAAAAAUGGCGAGAAACAAAAGCAAAUACAAUGCUGUAAACAUCUUUUAAAAGCGAAAAGAUGUAAUUUGUAAUAGAAUCAAGUAUGGUCGAUCUAAGCUGAUCUUGCUUGAAUCCAUAAUAACAAAUACAAUGUGCAAAACACAUUGUUAACAUAAUAUCUACAUAUCUGAUUAUCUUAGACCCUGUUUACAUGGAGUGGGGGACCCCGGUUUAGUGGGGAAGGUUUCUUUUGUUUUUGUGUUCCCCAGAGCGUGAAAACAAAAGAAAUGAACCCCACUAGACCGGGAUUCCCCACUCCAUGUAAACAGGCCCUUAGAAUGGAAAUUUUCUUAUGAUAAAAAAACUUAAUUGAAAACUGCAAGAAAAACUGUAAACAAACCUGUGGUAAACAGAAAAUAGCGAACGUUUCAUCUGUGAACGAGUGUCACAAAAUAGAUACCAGCUCCUGGGCGAGAAAAACUAAACACAUGAGAUCGAGGCAGUGUGACAGGCCUCUCCAAGAUGACGUCCAAACCGUGAAAUCGCAUGACAUACAGAACGGUUACUACUUCGUGUGCGGUACAUGAAUAGUAAGCAUUCUCCUUUGUUGAACGCAAUGAACACUGUCAUUCCCAGAAACAGUUCCAACAUUUUCAGUAGGUUUGUUGUUAGGUUACUGUAUGCCAUCUUGGCUUGGUUUACCCAUUUGCUUCCCAAAUAUAGAAAACCUAUUGGUUGCAAUCACUCCAGGGUAAUAAAAUGACAGCAUAUUGAAUAUUUGUUUGGAAAUGCUCCUAUUUAUUUGCUCAGAAGUGACUUCUGGACGUAUUUUAUAGCCAGAUGAUAUUAAUCCUACAUCUUAUGUAGGGUCCGAAAUUAACUUUUUAAUAUGAGCGCCAAAUGACAAUCAAGUAUAAAUUUUUGGUCGCCAGAGGGGAAAUUGUGGUCGCCAAAAAUUCCCCCUCCCUUUUUUUCAAAUAAAAGUUUGAACACAAAUUCAAAAUGCAUGGUGUGGAUGUUUUUGUGCUCAAAAAUUGCACUACUUCCACUUCCGAUACCAGACAGCAACCGUACCUGUACGAGUGAAGUCUUAUUUUUUCCACAAAUUACUUUUUGGACAUAUACGUGUAAAGCUACCUGACCUAGAACGUAGGAACAGAAAGCUGUCUACCCAUGACUGCACUGAUCAUACCAAAACUCUAUUUUCUUCCGAUAACUACCACGAAACAUAGCCACCAUGUCGCUUGUACCAGGCCACAAUUGUGCCACAUUACUGUACCAGUCCACAAAGUACAUAACGUACUUACCAUAUUUCAGCUGAAAACAACAUGGCGGCUUGGAAACGUUCAACUUGUAUUGAUCGUAGCUGUUGUAGAGGUAUUAUUACAGGAGUAUUCGUUUCACUUUUAAUUAAAAAAUAUCAGCAGGGCAAAAAAUAAGACACCUGUUGGCAAAUAGCUUCGAGGUUUCAAUUCUUAAUCAGUUUCUCUGAACGUUUAAGUCCACGAUAACAACCAGCUUUACAAGUCGCUAGCUGGCGACCAGCUAUGAAAUUCUGGUUGCCAGGACUAAAUUUUUAGUCGCAUUGGUGACCAGGAAGGCGCAAUUUCGGACCCUGUUAUGGUAGAUUUUAGUAAUCAGACUGAAGCAUCUUAAUGUUGACCAGAUGAUCUUUGCGUCCUGCAUGAUACAUGUAUAUAUCAUGAAUUAUUUUGCAUCCUUGGGGAAUAUGUAGGAAGCAAGUGUAACAAAAUCACCGUGUGCUUCCUCAGUUAAUAUGAUUUUGCUUCCUUCCCAUGAUGCUUUUGACAAAAAUAUGUUUCUGGGUGAGCUAUUAUAUUCAAGCAACAUUUAGUGUGAAAUAGAAACAUCUCAGAUAAUGAAUUAUUGGGUGUGUGUAAAUGAUGAUUUCAUGAUUAAAUGAUUCAUUCACCCCACCCACUCACCAUGUGGUAGGGAAGUGACUAAACCUGGUUCAAACUCUGUGUAAUCAGCUAUAAAUUUCCCAGUGACUCUAGAUUAAGAGUUUUCAGUAAGAAUUCUAGUAACGGGGAUAAAGGUGCAAUGUUACUCAAGAAUAUUUUGAAAGAUGCUCCAUGUCUGAAUAAAAAAUAGUCAUAGGCUACCAGAUAUUAGCUGGAGAAUCCUGCAUAUUUUUAAAUAGAGAACUCUCUGAUCUCCGAUGCCUAAUCAACACCCUGUAGAUUAGUGAAUCAAAAAAGGAAUACUUUUUGUUAAAAACCUGAAAAAAAAAAUAAACACAAAAAUUAACUUUCUGUUCUUGAUUUGUAGAAUAUUUGCAGAUCUGCCACAUUGUCAGGAGGAGCCGAAAUUUAUGGUAGAUCUGGAUAUGACUUUCUCUUUGCGGGUAAGAAAUGCUAUGAAAAUUAUCAAUAAUCUUAGAGGUCAGCCCUUUUUUGUUUCACCUCCUUGAAGGUCUGUAUUCUUCUGCACCUCUUUGCAGAUGUUCAUAUACUAGGUACAUCAUGUAAUGAAUUAUCAUUGAACAGAUGCCAUAUGAAGCAGUCCAUUUCCUUGACUUUCUAUGUGCCAAGUUUCUAAAGUAAGCUUUCAGAAUGUGAAAAACUACUGGUUGGAGGUGUGAGGAUAAUAUAUUAUAAUUGAUCAUCAAUCAAAAUCUUUGAGCGGUGCAAUAAUUGAAUAUGGAAACUGUUCAACUGAUUUUCAGGGCAAAAAAAUAUAAUUCAUUGUUGGCAAAUAAGCAUAUUAAAAACUUGUCCGUUGUCUUUUUAAUGGUCUCAUAAUUAACAAAGAAAGAGAAUUGAUGACCUGAAAACAUACAUAUAGAAAAAUGAUGAGCUCCAGGCAAGAAUCAAACUCUCCCACAAAUGGAAGUGACCACCCCCAAUAAGGAACUACUACUGUCUACAUCUUCAAACCUUGGGUGGUCUCUUAGUGGAUGCUCAACAGUCUAACAUCUGAGGUGCUUAAUUUUUUUAGGUGGAAUUCAUCCCAAGGAUGUAGUUUCAAGGUGUAUGCCUCAAGCUUAGCAAAACAUAGUGACCAUAUGAACCCCACACUGAAAUAACUCUUCUUGUGUGUCAGUCGGUAACAAUAUUUAUUAAAACUGCACAAAUUGUUCAAAAUAUAGUCUAAAAUUAACACUGUAUCUGGUUUAAGUACAGUAACUGCUUCUUUAGAUACAGACCAAGGACUGAAUAUAUAGCCUACUUAAAAAAUUAUCAAGUUUUAUAUCUGCAUAGAGUAUCAUGUGAGUAAAUUGAUUGAAAUCCUUUUGACCUUUAGGGGGAGAAAGCAUUCCUGAUGACCCGCUGGAGGAUAUAAAUGGAGUAAAUAAUAGUGCAGGCUCUUUAUAUUCUAGGUACAAGUGCAAUUUUGUUUCAUAACUUUAACCUCUAAUAGUAAGACAACUCAUUUUAGGACUGUCAUCAGCAUCUGACACAAGCAAUGAAUUAAGGGUUUAAGUGUUUUGGGUUGGUUUGUUUGGGUGAUCACAACAUUAUUCAGCCAGCUCAAACCCUUUAGGUUUUAUGUGUCAGUCAAUUCCAGCUGCGGCCACGCCGUUACUACGCCAAUUUAUGGUUUUAGUAUUGUUAUAAAAUUAUUGAAAUUAAAAUUAAUAGUGCGCUGUAAAGCUAACUAUUAUGAACAGUUUUAUAAAUAUGAAAGGAUGUUCUUCAAAUAUAGAUAUCAACAGAAAUUUGAUUCAAUAACCAAAAAAACGUUGAUUCACGUCGAUAGCUCCUGAUUUCGCUAUGUAAUUCUGGCUUGAUAAGCAAUGAAGAAAUGCAUGCAUAACGUGGAGAACAUGCCUUUACAAACCUCUACAAUUUUUUUCUUUCCUUGACAAAUGAGCCAAUCUGCUUGCUUUUCCAGUAAAAUCCUCUGUGUAGUUAUAUUCUGAUAGGAAACCGCGUGCGUGUCAAAAGCUCGGGGUUGGCCCCGCGGUUUGCAAAUGCCCGGCCCCCGGGCAGCGCAAAAUUUGCAAAUGCCCCACCCCUGGGACUGACAAAGCAGGCAAAUGCCCCGCAGUAGCCGGGGGGGGGGGGGGGGGGGGGGGGCUGGGCUGGGCUCAGCUCAGCUGGAAUUGACGGAUGCAUUACAUGAUUAUUUUUUCAAGUAUAAAAGGCCUGUUUCUCAAAUCCAAUGGAAUGAAAAAGAGGAUGUAUAUUCAGAUUUCCAAGAAAAAGGAGCACAGUUCCCAAAAAUGUUGAUUUUGCUGGGAGGAAAAUAAACAGAUGGGAGAGAUCUCUUCUAAGAGAGACUUCCCAGAAGAAAAAUUUCCUAUGGUGUAAAUACAUGCGCAAAUGUCAAAUACUCCUAUUCCAGAAAAAAACCGGAAGUUGCUUGGAAGUGAGGCUUAAUACCCCUCGCGGCAAAUAUAAAAUAACUAACAUGGCGGACGAUCAAGUUGAUCUUGCUCCAGAGAACAUUCCUGGCGCUAGUAAUGAAAAGGAACUGUUGGAUCAUCCUGCUUCGAGCCAUCGAACAAAAGACUGGAAAAGGCACUGAACAACACCCACAUGUUCAUGCUAUUUAUUUUCAACUACAAAAUUUACAUAGCGGUUUAGACACAUGUUUUCAUACAAAAUUUGCUUUCUCAGGGUCAUGAACCUGCACCAAAUGAAAAUCUGAGAGCAAAGUUAGCUAGACAGAUUGAAGAACUGAGGGAAAAUGUAAAAACCGCAAGUGAUACAGCAAACCACUUCAAGAACUUUCCCACCAUUGAUUCAGCAUUUGGUAAUGAUUUUAUACUGUCCUUUCCACGUUUGUUCCGACUGAUACAUUAGAACACCUAAAGAACUGUGGAAGGAACACCAGGAAAUCUUGCUGAUGCCGUUGCUGAGUUUGCAAGUUCUAAAGGGCUCAGAAUGCUCCUCAUUUGUACACGACCUCCAAGUGUGUGCGUGUCCGAAUUUCGAGGAUGAUGUAAUUUACCUUAGAGCGCUUUGCUGGGCCUCCUAUAGGAAAUAUGAUAAAUACCUUACCCCAGGUUCAGAGAUGGCCUAUGUAGGUAUAGUUUUAACUUACCACAAACAAUCAGAUUUGCGGCAUUAGAAGAUUUCCUGGUGUUCUUUCCACAGUUCUUUAGGUCAUCUAAUGUAUGAUUCGGAAUGAACGUGGGAAGGACGGUAAAAUCACCAAAUGCUCAAUCAACGGUGGGAAAGUUCUUGAAGUGGUUUGCUGAAUGUUUCCUCAUUUUCCCUUAGUUCUUCAAUCUUUCUCGCUAACUUUGCUUUAGUGUUUAAAGCUCCUCUCUUGGUCAGGGUCAUAUAGUUUUAGAUUUCCAUUGCUUGUAGGUUCAUGAGCCUGAGGAAAAAAAUUUCGUAUGAAACCAUGUGUCUAAACCGCUAUGUUAACUUGUAGUUAAAAAUAAAAAGUUUAUACAGCUGAUCGAUCGCGCGAGGCCAGAUAAUGUACGCCUACAUUUCCAACAGUUCCUUUUCAUUACCAUUCUGAUUUAUACGGCGGCAUUUUAACCAAAACUUUAGUUGAGCUACGUUCAAUUUUUCUAUCUCUUCUUCAAUAAAGCUAGCACCAGGAAGUUAAACAAAUUGUCAAAGCACAAUUGAUAUCAACUCACCAAACGUUGAUUAGAAGGAAAACUCGAAGGUUUCUUCAGAGUUUCUUAAGAAAAUGUGGCUCAUCGAAUACCGAAUCCUCGGCUUAUAAGUGAAUACAUCCCCAUUUAGUAGAGUUUCACUGUACUGAAAAAAUGUAAUGUUUUUGUCAAAAACUCUUGGCUAUAAGUAAAAGUCGCUCGGCUUUAAUAUAGCCAAGUAAAUACGGUAGUUACGAAAUAUCAGGAUUUUUAUCAUUGUGGUAGAUAAUUCUAUCAUCAUAAUGCACGAGGUUUUCACAUGCGAUUGUACUCAAUGAAACAGUCUUUAACUCUGACGACUUAAUUCUUCAUGUGAAAGGUUUGAACCCAGGAGUCAUUUCAAAAGUAGGUUGAGUUUGAUCGUCCGGGUGAACGUAGUCCUGAAUAGGACUGUUGUUGUUGACAGUGACUGACGUUUCGACAACCUGUGCGGUAGUCAUCUUCAGAGUCAAAGUGAGUUGUAUCACGUCAGUUGAUGGUAUUAUACUCUGGUUAUUGAUUUGAUUGGUCAAUUACGUCGUGAUGUUAUUGGUCGUCUGUCAGUUAAGCCGUGAUGUUAUUGGCUAUGAAGACUCGUAAUCAGUAAUUGGUGCGUUUCGAUCCGUCUAUUGUCACAGUUAAACAGUCGUCUCUUGUUAGUCAAAUUGUCAUUCUCUCGUAGUUAGUUUUGCUUGAUCUUGUCAAUAAGUCGAUUCAGUGGCGUUUGUUCUAAGUUAGUAAACCAGCUUUCUAAAGUAAGACGUUGAUAGCAGUCUGUAGAAUACGUUAUACAUGUCACAGAGUCCCAGUCAAUUUGAUGUUUCGUCUUUAAAUGGUGCUCAGCAAUGUGAUUGUUUUCAACUCUCUUCUCGGUGUUUCAUCUGGUGAUGAAACGCGGCGUCUCAUGCUUGAUAUAUUACUUCCAAGUUAAAGUCAAUAUGUACAUUGUAAGUACCAAUUAUGAACGUUUCAUUUAUUUGUGGACCUUUGAAAAAUCUGAUUUUUUAUACUUUGAAGCAAGUGAAGCAUAAUUCACGCACGUUGUGCCGUUUGCGAUAGCAGAAUUAGGUCGUAAAUGUCUUCAACCAACAGCCACACUAAAAUAUGAACCCUUAAAUAGCUGCAUCACUGUACUCAGCGUUUGAAUCAUGAAGAUAUUUAAAUGUUAUGCUUCUAAACGCCUUUAGCCGUAAUAAAAGACGACAAAAUUGUGAAGAACCGAAGUGGCGGUCUCAAAGUGCCCUUGUUUGACUUUAGUGCAGCAAUGUCAUGUUUAGAUGCCAAAAUCUUACUGGUUUCUAGCAACAACUCAUAGUACCUCCAACCUUAUUGGCCCCUGCAACACACACCCGAACACACAAAGCCACAAAGAUAAAUAUGCUCAGACCACUGACACGUGUGUUAUCUUUUCAAAAUAGCUCAAAAGUGGACAAAAACGAUGAUAAAAAACGAAUUAGAACAUGGGAAAGAAAGCAGUGCCUGUUAGAAGUUGUUCAAAAUUGCUACCUGUGGUACUGAUCUGAACAUACUUCAUAUGAAGCUAUGCUAGGCCCCCUUUUCUUGGUUUGGCAUCAGUAGUAAUGCUUCAGCAAAGAUAAGCCUCGUUGGUGGAUUCCCUCGCAAAAAGUGGAUUCCCUUUAUUAACAGGCAUAUGGGUCUAGUCUAUGACGUCACCCAUUGUUAUAACCUAGAGAAAAAGUGGAUUUCCUUUAUUAAUAUGUAUAAGUGUCUUCCUCCAUACUAAUUAAGUGCCUAGUCAGUGUCUUCCUGCAUACUAAUUCGGGAUAGGUUUACUAAUGAGCGUCACUCUACUUCAAUAGGAACAAUAGGCUUGCCUAGACUUGCCCGGUUUUCGGACCGUCUAUUAAAAGAAAAAUAGGAAUAAGAGAAGCGAUCACCUAGCAACGCGAGAAACGGCUUCCUAUAUCUUAUUUAUCGCUAAAACUCAGAUAUACAUAAACAAAACACAUACAGAAAGUGGAGUUGAAAAGUCUUUAUUUCAAUUUAGUUUACGUCUUCUUAUUUGGCGCUAAAACUCAGAUAUAUAUAAACAAAACAUACACAAAUUGGAGCUGAAAACUCUCUAAGUUUGUCUGACGUUUUCUCCUUUCUAUCUCGAGGAAAUGAAAGUCUUGUCAUUUUCACGGACGGUUAAUCAGUUAAUUAUGCAAGUUCACAAGCCCAAAGUUGAAUACAAAUUAGCUGUACAGGAAAGACCCAAGAGAGAGGAUCUUGACGUAUUAUUAUAAAACAAAUAACUUAACAAGGAUUAAUUAAAACACGUGACUAAUAAUUGCUAGCAAUAAAAUCUGACACGAGAUACCGUUUAAAACAAAAAGAGUCAAAUAGACAGCGAUUUGAAAGAAAUCUAUUAAAACAGUCAAAGAAAGCAAGUCAUGUUUUACUUACCCCUCUCCCUUUUCAAUUUUAUUUCCCUCCUCAAUUUUUUCUUUUCCCUUCUUCACAAUUUUAUUUUCCCUCCUCAAUGUUUUUAUUCCCUCCUCCACAAUUUUUAUUAUUUUCCCUCCUCAAUGUUUUUUAUUCCCCUCCUUCACCUCCACCUCCUCAUUUAUUCUAUAUAUUUUUCCAUCCACAAAUACAUCGACCUCCUAGCGACCCUACAUCGACCCCACAUCGACCCUACAUCGAUCCCACAUCGACCCUACACUCAACUUUUUUUUAACACUGCUUCGUAAAUAGUGAAGCUAUAUACCACCACCGACACAUUUCUAUUGUUUUCCCACCACCACCACCACCGCCACCACAUUUCAAUUGUUUUCCCUCCACCACCGCCACCACAUUUCUAUUGUUUUUCUUUCUACCACCACCACCACCACAUUUGAAUUGUUUUCCCUCCACCACCACCACCACCACCACCACUGCCACCACAUUUCUAUUGUUUUUCCUCCACCACCACCACCACCACAUUUCUAUUGUUUUCCCUCCACUGCCACCACAUUAUUAUUGUUUUUCCUCCACCACCACCAGCGCCACCGCCACCACGUUUCUAUUGUUUUCCCUCCACCACCACCACCACCGCCACCACAUUAUUAUUGUUUUCCCUCCUCCUCCUCUUCCUCCUCCUCCUCCAACUCCUCCACAUUUCUAUUGUUUUUCCUCCAAGUUUGGACUUUAGGCCUUUUAGGCCUGAUUUUGGCCUCUUUGGCCUUUCGAGGGAAAACAAUAGAAAUGUGGAGGAGUUGGAGGAGGAGGAGGGAAAACAAUAAUAAUGUGGUGGUGGUGGUGGAAAGAAAAACAAUAGAAAUGUGGUGGCGGUGGCGGUGGUGGUGGUGGUGGUGGAGGGAAAACAAUAGAAAUGUGGUGGUGGUGGUGGUGGGAAAACAAUUGAAAUGUGGUGGCGGUGGUGGUGGAAUUCAAAAACAAUAGAAAUGUGGUGGUGGUGGUGGUGGUGGUAGAAGGAAAACAAUAGAAAUGUGGUGGUGGUGGUGGUGGAAAGAAAACAAUAGAAAUGUGGCGGUGGUGGUGGUGGUGGAGGGAAAACAAUAGAAAUGUGGUGGCGGUGGUGGUGGUGGUGGAGGGAAAACAAUUGAAAUGUGGUGGUGGUGGAAAGAAAAACAAUAGAAAUGUGGUGGCGGUGGUGGAGGGAAAACAAUUCAAAUGUGGUGGUGGUGGUGGUGGAAAGAAAAACAAUAGAAAUGUGGUGGCGGUGGUGGUGGUGGUGGAGGGAAAACGAUAGAAAUGUGGUGGUGGUGGUGGGAAAACAAUUGAAAUGUGGUGGCGGUGGUGGUGGUGGUGGGAAAACAAUAGAAAUGUGGCGGUGGUGGUAUAUAGCUUCACUAUUUACGAAGCAGUGUUAAAAAAAAGUUGAGUGUAGGGUAGAUGUGGGGUCGAUGUGGGGUCGAUGUAGGGUCGCUAGGAGGUCGAUGUAUUUGUGGAUGGAAAAAUAUAUAGAAUAAAUGAGGAGGUGGAGGUGAAGGAGGGGAAUAAAAAACAUUGAGGAGGGAAAAUAAUAAAAAUUGUGGAAGAGGGAAUGAAAACAUUGAGGAGGGAAAAUAAUAAAAAUUGUGGAAGAGGGAAUGAAAACAUUGAGGAGGGAAAAUAAUAAAAUUGUGGAGAAGGGGAAAAGAAAAAAUUGAGGAGGGAAAUAAAAUUGAAAAGGGAGAGGGGUAAGUAAAACAUGACUUGCUUUCUUUGACUGUUUUAAUAGAUUUCUUUCAAAUCGCUGUGUAUUUGACUCUUUUUGUUUUAAACGGUAUCUCGUGUCAGAUUGUAUUGCUAGCAAUUAUUAGUCACGUGUUUUAAUUAAUCCGUGUUGAGUUAUUUGUUUUAUAAUAAUACGUCAAGAUUCUCUCUCUUGGGUCUUUCCUGUAGAGCUAAUUUGUAUUCAACUUUGGGCUUGUGAACUUGCAUAAUUAACUGAUUAACCGUCCGUGAAAAUGACUAGACUUUCAUUUCCUCGAGAUAGAAAGGAGAAAACGUCAGACAAACUUAGAGAGUUUUCAGUUCCAAUUUGUGUAUGUUUUGUUUAUAUAUAUCUGAGUUUUAGCGCCAAAUAAGAAGACGUAAACUAAAUUGAAAUAAAGACUUUUCAACUCCACUUUCUGUAUGUGUUUUGUUUAUGUAUAUCUGAGUUUUAGCGCUAAAUAAGAUAUAGGAAGCCGUUUCUCGCGUUGCUAGGUGAUCGCUUCUCUUAUUCCUAUUUUCUUUUAAUAGACGGUCUGAAAACCGGGCAAGUCUAGGCAAGCCUAUUGUUCCUAUUGAAGUAGAGUGACGCUCAUUAGUAAACCUAUCCCGAAUUAGUAUGCAGGAAGACACUGACUAGGCACUUAAUUAGUAUGGAGGAAGACACUUAUACAUAUUAAUAAAGGGAAUCCACUUUUUCUCUAGGUUAUAACAAUGGGUGACGUCAUAGACUAGACCCAUAUGCCUGUUAAUAAAGGGAAUCCACUUUUUGCGAGGGAAUCCAAAGGGAAUCCACCAACGAGGCUUAUCUUUGCUGAAGCAUUACUACUGGCAUCCAUGCAUAGCUUGAAAACUGCGUUUCAACACUGCUCAUAAUCCUUUAAUUGUUUUGUCAGUAAGAGCACCUUUUCCUGACAUAAAUUCAACUGAGUGGUCUCACCAGUUUUUUUAUAUGAUCUUUUAAGGUUACACUGUGGUACAAACUGUGUAGACACCUGAAGAUAUCCUGCAUCAUAUCUUAUUUUUAGCUUUCAUUAAAGGAGGAAGACGAAAAGAUGACAUCUUUUGUACAAUUUUGUUGUUCUUCAUUUCACAUGCAAUGCACUUGCCAUUUGCACAUGCAUGACUGUGGGACAUUUUUAUUCAAUAGAAUGUAGCAGUACUAAUAGUAAGAAUAGCUAUACACAACAACAACCAACCAUUUUAUUUGCCAACUUAACUUUUACCAUAAACGAAAUAAAUUAUAUUAGAUCAGGCAAAAAACUACUCAGAAUAGCAAAAAGUAAUCGAGCUGAGUUGUCACAAUAAUUAAAUUACAUCACUUUAGAAUGGCAAAAAAACUAUUAUUGUUCCUAUUUUUUUCACCAUUCUGAGGUCUUAAAAGAGCAUUAAGUAAAUAUAUAAUUAAAAGGGGAGCAAAUCUUAUCCCCUUGAAUUUGCAAGCAGCUGCUAUAUAUAUAUGAUAGGUGACGAAUUACUCGUUAAUUUUGGCGCGAAAUUUCAGCGUUAAUUUGUAAUUCCACAUGUGAAAUUACAAAAUGGCCAUGGCAACCCUUCCGUACGUCUCAGUGUCAAGAUGGCGACGAAGUUUUAAAAUGCCGUGAAUGAAGAUGUCAGGGCACAAAAUACGCUUUAGAAAACCUGAACACACAAGAGAACAUCAAGAAGGAUUCUAACAGGUAUUUUGCCGUAAACGUCUGAAAAAGUCUGAACUUUAUCAGCCAAAUUUAAGGUCUAAGCAUUUGAGAGAGUGGAGUUCUCGAUCGACACGAUCCGGGAUAAACAUGUCAAAAAUCCAAGAUUGCUAACGUAAUUCGUCACCCAUGAUAUUAAUAGGUAAUCAAAUGGUAUACUUGUGAAAUUAGGGAAUAAUUUCACGCGUAUACCAUUUGAUUACACAUACUAAUGAUAUAUAAUCUUAAUUUUGUUUUAGAAUAAACCUGUUAUAGUUAAUUAAUUAACAGGAUUAUUCUAAAACAAAAUUAUCAAAUUAAACUUUUGUAACACUGAGGAUCUCAGUGCUACAAAGACGACCUGAGGCAACAAUAGCAUGUGUCUCAAGAUUCCCAUUAGCUGGUGAUAAGAAGAGGCGAAAGCCCAUUAUCUGCAUUCAGAAGAUGAUAGAAAUCUUGAGUGUGCCUGGAUUCUAUUGGUUUAGUAUUAAAACCCUUCUGGUGUGGUAUUGCAAAUUUAAGUCAAAGGACUAUAUGUUGAUACCUUGUACUUAACAAUAAUGUUGAGAAUUAGUAUCAGCAUUGUCAAAUUUUGAGUUCACCUCACACUAGAACAUUGAAGACGCCAAAAUAAGAAAGCCUGUAGUGAAUCUCUUGCAUGCAUAAGGUAGGAUCUCACAAGGGCACCAAUCAACCCUUUGAUGCAAAUAAAACAGUUGGCAGCCCACUAAGGUGAAGUGCGGAAUCAAGCCCUAUCUAUGAGCUGACGGUUAGUGAAUGUGUCAGCCAAUCAGAAUGUGGGAUUUCAGGAUUGCAAUAGAAUACUAGUUAAUAUGAAGGCUUUUUUCUUGCAUGAGUCUUCUGGUGCUGUAAUGACUCAGGUUAUUACAUUUAGUGGCAUUAUUUAAACUAUGUAAAGGUUAUCAACUUGGCAAGUUCAAACUGGUUUUUCCUGACCAUAGAAAACUAUUGUUCUUUUAGUGGGGACUAUGAUUUGUUUGACCGCAUCCGAGGUCAGGACAUCCGGCUUCUCAAGACACUCAGAGUGAAGUACAUCUGUGACUUGAUGGUCGAAAAAAAGAAGGUCAAGUUUGGAAUGAGGUUAGCUUGAUUAUGUUAUGAUCUGGAAAGAAAUACCAUCAAACCUGUAUAUAAUGGCCCUGUUUCUAAUGGUCACUGAACAACUUCACAAACAUUGUGUGUUACGAUUAUUUAGGUCAACCCCAUUGUUAUCUUUUUAAGGCGUCUGUUUGCAAGCUCAUCAGUUGGGGAUGAGAAUGAAAUAAUCUUGUUUGCUCUUUAGUCCAAUCUAAACGUAGUAGGAUAUACACUGUAAAGUUAAUAGAGAAUACUUCAUGGAAAGUGCUGACGUACGGUAUUUACACACGAGUUGUUUUUGUAUCAGAAAUCGAACGAGUGAGCGCAGCGAAUGAGUGAGAUUUCUGAUGCAAGAACAACGAGUGGGUAAAUACCGUACGAAGCACUUUACAUGUGGUGUUGUGUUUAUUGUAUACAUACUGAGAAAUUCUUCAUUUUGGUGGCCUUUUUAUUUUAAAUCUUUCCAAAAUGCUUAAAUUUGCCGCUACACACCACGAAAUAACAGUGAAAACGAAGAAUCAACUUUUGAGUAGAAACGUUUCUUAAAAACAUAAAUGACGGUAAGGAUAUGAGGUAAUCCAAGAACUACAAGUAAUCUUAACUGUUUGUUCUGAAUGUAUAAUUGAAAAUGAGUGAAUUUAAGUGAAAUGGCCGGUUUCAAUAUAAGCUUAAGCUUAUAAAUGGAAGACAAAGUAGCUCCGACAAAAAGCACAACAUAAGCUUACGUCUUGUUCUGUUUUUCCCCUUCCGCUGUCGUGUCGCCGGCUCUCCACAGUUUUCUUUAUCGACAGUGAAACAAACGAAACUAUUCCACCCCAUUUCUGAAAUGUUUUUCACUUUUUUAACGAGAAAAAAUUCUUUGAGAAAAACUUUUCUCCUCGAAUGUGUGCGAAGCGGCGCUUAGCAAGCUGCAAGGAAAUGCGGGAAUUUUGGCGCGAAACUCACACACCUCUGUGGCUUCUGAUUGGACGUGUCGUUUUUCUCACACGUGAAAAAACAUCGUUCGCGAUUCUGAUUGGACGUAUCAUUUUUUUCACGUGUGAAAACCAUAGUUCACUCCUCUGAUUGGUUAGAACUCAUUUGCGUAUCAAAAUUUACAACACAACUUUUUGGUGAGUAUUUCUCAGUAUAUAUAUAAUAAAGAUAAUUAUGCCAACUCAUAUGAGUAUAAUCGUACUUGUUAUUACAUAAUAUUGUAUUGAACAUAAAAGUAAAAUACUUUUCAUAAAUGCAUCACGGCAAAAUGACCAGCAUUAACUUGUGAAAAUUUUCAGGGUGACAUCCUCAGAGAAAGUGGAUAAAAUUCAGCGAUACUCAGAUUUUGUUUUAUGUUCAGUUCCCUAUCCAGGUAAUAAUAUUGUUGUCAAUAAUGCAGUUGUUGAUACUCUUUUUAAGUAUCUAUCAAACAUAUUCAAUACAUACAUUUUGUAAAGCUCUUCUCUCUUACCUUUACCCCUUUUCUCCGCACUUGCCUCUGUUUCGCAGUGGGUCAUUUGUUGCAAGGCAAAAAAUGAUCUCGAGCACCAACCUUAGAAAUGUGAGUGUCUGUUUUGAGAAUGUUUGUUUUAUGUAAGUUUGAGUUUGUCAGUAACCCUAUACUGUCAUCAUCUGUGCAAUGUCAUUUUUUCUUGUCUCUCUUUCCAAAUGUUCAGGUUGUGAAUUUUUUCGAGAUUUUAAAGAUAACGAAUACAUUGCAGAUGGUUUACAUUUUAACUGGCAACAGGUAAAUUUUACUGAUGUCAUUGGUAUACGGUCACAUGUAUUAACUUUCUGUCAAAGGUAAUUUGCGUUUACGCUUAUCCUUUAUCACUCAUUGUUAUUCAUUGAAAAUAUUUCUCCGUUUCUGAUUGGCUAAAAGCACACGCGGCGUAAUUCACCAUAACCAGCUACUGUUGACCAAAUUUGGAAGACUGUUGCAAUUAAUCAACCGAUGACGUCAAAAGCACAGUUGCAGGUUAAUGCACCGUUAACCAAGACCUGGGGACGAGGUUGGUUGUGAAAAGAAAAAUGGCUGAAUAGUCGGCGGGACAUUUUACUCGUUUCACGAUGAACUAUUGUCUAAAAACAUAGCAAGAAGACAACUCGACGGACAACAUCUGCUAUUUGGAGUAUAUUUGUAGACUUGAACAGCCCUUUAUCUUAUUAUUUAUUGUUUUAGUAAAAUCCAACUAGUUGGUCAAUAAUAUCGAGGCAAAACAACUUUAGCUUGUAAAACGCGAUUCAGCCGCUAUUGUUUUGGUCCUCAGAGCCGGCGCUUUCCGCUACUAGCGGGCUAUAACAGAUAGCCCAGUAGUAGCUCAUCCAAUCAGAAUGCAGCAGUGAUAAUAGUUCACUAGCUGGAUUUUACUAAAAAGAAUUGUGCAGAUCUCGGGGGCUGUUAUCCACCUCGAUCUGCAUAACUCUUCAUAUCCUACCCAGCCUCAUUCAUUAAUUGCUAAAUAACUUUUGAUACCCGAAAUUUUUUUUGUAGGAUUAUGUUGAUACCAAAUUUAAUGUUCCUGAUCUGUUGCUUGAUCGCUCUGGAAUUGAGUGGAAUAAUUAUCAGGUAAGAUGGCCACCAUACUCUAACUGACCUGGCUGCAGACAUCUUUAUGAACAAAGAUGUCAGUAAGAGAUGUCAAGUCUGUUUAGAAGAUGUUUAGGGUGUUGGAGAAAUGUUCAAGUGAAUAACACUAUUCAAACCUACAUGCAUUUACAUAGUUAGUGAUGAUAAGAAACCUCUAUAAAUCACCCAACUACACUUUAUGAAUCACGCUUGACCCACCCAUCACGUGAAAGUGCCCUGCAACACCGGCUUGUUGUAGGGUGUAAUUAAAAUUUUACAUGUAAUUUCUAUUUAAUUGCUUUAUUUUUUGUUGUUGUUCUUCUAGUCAUGGGAUCUGGUGACACUAACUCAGAACUAUCUCCAUCUUCUAAUAAGCAGCAUCAAAGAUGGUAAGUACCUGCUGCUGAAUCUAAGGUGUUGAUGGAAACUGUCCGAAAAAACCAUAUCAUGUAGUGGCUGUCAGCUGUCCUAUUCAGAGCUGUCACUAAGGCUACUUUGAUAGAAGACAAGUGAAAAAUAAAACCAAAAGAACUUCCUAGCUGUUCAAUUCCUGUCUACUAAUUGCCUAUACUCCGCAACUUGAAACUUAAGUUACAACCCUGAUGAUCACAGGUUAAGGUGGAACAUCAAUACAUGUACUCUGCAAGUAGUAUAUAGUAGUGAUGAAAUUAUCCUUUUUUGUGGAGGAAACUCAUUACUUUGCAGAUCGAGAAAUAUAUGAACAUCAAAGGUGCCCAUGAAUAAAAUGCAGUGGAAUUCCAUUAUGAAAAAGUGUUUGAUACAUUGAAUCAUCGUAUUCUUUUAUCUAAGCUCUACAAUUACGGUAUCAGGGGUGUCGUGCACAACUGGUUUAAAUUAUGCCUAACAAACUGUAAACAAACAGUGCUUGUUAAUUGCACUAUAUCAGACAAGGAAGUAACACUCUAUGUGGUCCCCCAGGGUUCAAUACUUGGACUGCUUUUAUUCUUCCUGUACAUUAAUGAUAUCCACAAAUCAAGUAGUGUGUUUUUUGUUUGCCGAUGCAUGUUGUAUGUUAACAAAAACUUACGCAAACUUGAAGUCAAAAUUAACACUUAACUUGGAAAUCUUUGUGAUCGGCUGAAGGCCAAUAAACUACGUUUAAUAUUAAGAAAUCUAACUUUGUAAUUUGACCGCAUCAAAAAUCCUUACCAUUUAUUCCUCACAUUACUGUUCUUGAUAAUGAAGCAAAUACGCAAAAACGUCUUGAGAUGAAGGAAUAAUUUAAAUACCUAGGGGUUUAUAUUGACGCUGAUCUAUCCUGGAAACACCAUAUCGAGCACAUAUUCAGAAGAAUCAGUAAAUGCCCUCUGUAGUUAUGAACAUCCGUCGUUAACUUGAACGUGCUUCUUAGGUCACUUGGAACGUCGUGAUGAUAAACUUCAACCAUCAGCAACAAUAAACGGUUAAAAUACAAAAACUUAAAGGGUAUAGAUCUUGUUUGCUGGAAGAAGGGAAUGGCAUGGUCCGUAGGCUCAGCGAAAAACAUUUUUCGAAGUGCUCUUUUCUGACGAACCAAGAAUUUUUUUAUAAUGGACUACGAUAGAUUAAAUACGGCGAAAUUACGUACUUACAGAAACUCAAAAGGGGUUGAAACGUGUAACUCGCGUUCAAUGCUCGUGAAUAUUCACUUUUAUCAUAUUUGGAAACCUUUGUGACGGAUAUCCAUUUUCAACAAAAUGGCUGCUACGCGAUCACCUUGCAGAUGUUUUAAGACAAGAGUUCUGCAUUUCAAGGUUAAAAAUACACCGUUAAAAGACAAAAAAUGGAAAGAGAAAGUUCAAAAGAAUGCUCGGCUUUCUUUUUGUGGAGAAAGGGAAGCUUUUCAUCAAGAAAUCGUCCUUCGAGGAAUUCAACCUUGUUUUCUUUACAGCGGAGCCCAUGGUCUGUUUUGAAAUGCAACCAAGUGAGCGAAGUUUUUGCUGAAUUUUCAGGUACAUUGUGCACUCUAUGGCCAAGACAAUUACGUCUUUGAAAGGGAAUUUAUGUAUUUUCAAAUGUUUCAGAGACGUUUUAUAAAUUUUUCUCUUCGGCGCUAAAGAAAAAUUACAAAAUGUGCCCUGAUUUGAGAUGGAUUUUGUGUUGAAAUUUGCCAUUUGCUUAGCCGAUUUCACUUGCGUGAACGGAUCCACCAUCCAGAUAGUGUUUUCCGAAUUGCUUUAAAGGAUUAACUUUUUGGACUUUGAAUAAAAAUUUUCAAGACACGGCUUCUCUGUCUAUUGUUUUGAGUUUGUUCAUUCAUAAAAUUAGCUCAACACACGAUCGUGACUACAACAUCCACGUUUAAUUUAAGCUUUUAAAAUGCUUCUCACAUUCAUUACAAGCAUCACUUUUUGCGAAGAUGUCAGGUUCAGUUUUUGGACACUUUUCGAUACGCAGCUAAUGAAUUUUAUUCGAAAAUAUUUUUCACGUAAUAUAUCAAACAUGAGAUGCAGUGUUUCAUCACCAGAUGAAACACCGAGAAGAGAGUUGAAAAUACGACGCGCAGCGGAGUAUUUUUGACGAACUUCGAGGUGUUUCAUCUGGUGAUGAAACACUGUGUCAAAUGUUUGAUAUUUCUUCUCAAACAAAAUCAUUUUUGAAGGAGAAAUUAAGGAUGCAAAUACUAAGCAGUGUUUCAUCCGAUUUCCAAACACUCAUUAAACAUUAAUUUCCUUUGUAUUUUCUUAAUGAAUUAUUAAUGAGUUUGAGAAUGUUUAUUCUAGACUUUUAACGUAAGAAUUUUAAAAGCCUAUUUGCAGUAUAAGUUUUCAGUGCAGAUGGUCAACGAGGCAUCGUUUUUUGAAGUGACAACUUCAAGAAGUUGCGAGGCCGUCAAUGGGUUUCAUAAUGUUACGUUUGGCCCGGGUGGUAAGUCAAUAAUAUCCUGCUCAGUGUUUCGGUAAUAUCUGGUUUCAACCUUUGAAAGCUUUCUCGGCUUUCGGGAGUUUUUCCCCCGUUUGUCGGCCAUUUUUUUAAGCGGGCGCGGGAACCUGAAGGAAAAUUACGUCACGUUGUUUACGAAGUUUAAUUGGUCAGUUAUCUCUUCUUCUCGUUCCAAAUAUGGUACUUCCGAAAAUGAAUAAAACAUAUGAGAGUUACACGUUUCAACCCCUUAUGAGUUUCUGGUACUUAACAACUGCGUCGCUAAAAUAGGGGGUGGGUGCCUGGGGUAUCUAGGGGCUUCCACUAUUUGCAGCCAGCCCCUAGAUUGAAAUAAUGCCCCCAUGACUGGAACAACAGUGCAACCCAGCCAUGAGCCCCCACAAGAAAGGAAAGGAACAGGCACCCAUCACACUGAAAACAUCAGUGAAGAAAAAACAACAAAGCCUAGGCAGAGAAGGGGGAAAGAAAAUGGCUGAAAAAAUCCAGCACGAAGAAAAACUGAACGCGCCAAUGAAUCACAUGAUCGAUGUAGCCAGCUACUGGGCAUGUGCAUGCCAAAGACUGCUGACCUAAGGCACUUAAAGUGCUCUUAGUUGUUAACUCCUUUAAAUUGCAUUUAAAUGCAUUUAACAACUGUUAUAAGUAAAGGUUUUCUAAAACUUAACAGUAAAAAUCACGGAUAAAAAAUGUUUGAAAGUGAUAAAAGAAUGAAAUAAAGCAUGCAGAAAAAACAACAAUAGAAUCUAAUUAAAAGAGCUAUUUAAAAGCUUUUGCACGAAGUGAGUCUGAUUGUACAUUGAGACUAGGUCUCAGUUCAUUAAUAAAAAAACAUUUGAAACACCAGGUAGUCAAAUUUCCUUUUACACUUCUUUCAAAUGCUAAAAUUAUUACUAAGACCUUUAGGUGCUGAAGAAUGUUUAACACGAAAGUGCUGGCCGAGGGAUGAACUUGCUCUUUUGUGUUCCUUAAUUCGCUGGUGUAAGUGGCGAGAUGUGUAACCAACAUAACCGGCAUCGCACAAAUUUGUAAGCAAGACAUUGGUGGUUAACAAGAGGCGGCUGAGCUUCUCGUACUUUCAGAUCGCGUUCAAUCUUUUUGCUGACAAACACUGGAGGCACAGUCGUGUGACCGUUAUGCCAAACAUCUGCGGAGAAUCUUCUUGAGACUGGGGAGUCCAAAGAAACCUAGGCAACAGGCAGCCCACAGCAUGACGUGCUCUGAGUUGUGGGUAUCCAAGGAACGCUGGAUAAUACGCAUGAAGUCGGCUGUCACUGACUGGCGUUGUGGGCGAGUUAAGCCUUGAUGGCGCUUAAUGCUCGGGAGAAGACGCUGAAGUUGGAGGCUGUUCACCAAGGGAUCGGGGAAACCCUGAUCGAUGUGCAAGGACCAUAUCGCCGAGAGAUAAACCUUUAUUGAGGAGUGAUGUAAACGAUCGGCUAGGUGGGAACAAAAAGACUAGCAAAGGGCAUAUUCUGUGUGGCCGAUUUUUAGGAGACCGAAGCAGGGUCGAAACCAGCACGAAACCCAUUCUGAAGACCGUCCCAAGGCAUAGGUUACAAAAGAUUGAUCUGGAUGUGUGAGCAUUUCCUUGUUUAAUUUUGCCACUCUUAUAGGAGAAACUUUGUAAAAAGGAAGCAGCGGCUGAUGCAAUGGCAGAGCCAAUGCAGACGAGUAGGAGUCAUUGAAAGAACAAGAACUUCGGGGCAGUCCAAUCUUCUGCUGGGAAUCAACACCAGUUAACGCAAACGUGGAACAAGGAACAGUCAAAGAACUACUAACGCUAUUUACGCAGGAGGGGGCUGUAAUCUGCAAGGCAACCUUGUUGUUGACGCCGACUGCGUUUUCCCCCAGGGACCGGGAACGCUCAGACCCCUUGUAGGCUUGAAAGGUGCAGUUGGUAAGGGGGUGUUGACCAUCGCAUCUUUCGCAGAUAUGACAAUACCGACAUUGACCCAGAGACCAGCGGCAAGCACCAUCAUUCCAGGAUCGACAGUGCUGAAUGGUGUCAUUCGCACGCUUAGGCAGGAUGUUCAAUGAGGCUGAGGUAUGGGGCAGAGAAGUCGAGCGAGGUGCCGAUUGACCAGUAACGGUACCGGAUGCUCGAGUGUGGAAGUUGUGUAACUCCAGGUUCAUCUUAGACCAAUCAGCUAGAAGAGAGGCUGCAGCAUCCUUCCUGAAUGCCGUGUCGUAAUUCAACCAAGAUGGUCCAGGAAACUGACAAAUCGUCUGGAGGAUCGGUAACUUAUACUGAGUAGUUUUUUGCCAGCGAGAAGGGUAAGUACUGCAGAAGAUCCACCCGUCUGGUUAAAUGGGAAAGGCCUGAAUCCACGUGAGAAUGUCGGUGAUCUCUACCACCCUUUUCUUGGCAGGGGCAACAAGUAGUUUGCCAUCUAAAUAGGAAUUAGGCUCUGCCUCUUGGGCGCGUAUGUUCUCCGCUAGGAGAUCCGCAAGCUCAAGUCAACGAAGGCGCCACUGGUUAUUUUGGCCACCAUUUUCCCCAGGAUUGGCGCGUAACCGGGGCCAACUACAAACACUUUCCCGACCGAAGGCGCCAAGGUCGGGCUGCUACUCGUCGGUACCAAGGAAGAAUCGAACAAGGAUGGUGCCGACGAAGCCGGGACGGGCGGCUGAGAAGCACCUGGGACCACGGGAAUACUGAUAGACGAAUAAGUAGAAAGAAACGACGGCACAGUCACGCUACCCGCUAAAGAAGACGAGUGACAACCAGUCGAGGUCGAUGUAUGAGUCGACGGCACAUUUAUCGCGGAAGAUGCCGCGUGGGAAUUGCCAGACGUACUGCUGGAAGAAUUUGGCGCUCCGAUCUCCCGAAAAGUCGCCACCAACAGAGGGAGCGACUGCUGAAAAGCUUGGGAAAUGGGCUGUGACUGAGUCUCCGCUGAGAUGGCGACCGAAGAGGGCGACGAUAAUACCGAAGUAAAGGAGGACGAUGAUGUGGAAACUGAUGUAGUCGAGGGGGCUGAUUCACCACUCUAGACGAAGCGGGACCGUGCGGAUCUAACGAAGCCGAGAUGCUGUUAAGCGUUGUUUGAAGACAAAUCUUUGAGGAAACGGACACAAAAACAAGGAAAAAGGAAAAGAACCGCUCACAGAGAAGAAAAACAAAGAAAAUGGCUGAAAGAAACCAACACGAAGGAAAACUGAACGCGCCAAUGAGUCACUUGAUCGCUGUAGCCAGCUACUGGACAUUCACAUGUCAAAGACUGCUGACCUCAGGCACUUAAGGUGCUCUUAGUUGUUAACUCCUUUAAAUUGCAUUUAAAUGCAUUGAAAUAUGCUCAGUAGAGUUUGACAAGGAACGAAAUGCCUUAAUUUAGAUGAUUGGAAGGAAUUAGAACUUCCAAAAUUAUGUUUUGGCUCACUGAUUUUACGUCACAGGCCGGUGACAUCAAAUAUGAAGCAAAUAAUCCCUAAAAGUUACAUAAUCGCUCUAAAUAUCUAGAAAACCUGUUAAAACUGUUAAAACCACCACUUCAUUUAUUCUUGAGAUAGACUCAAGGCUAUGAUGUCAUUGGUGUUAAUGUAUUCCUCCAGAAAGCAAUGAGAUUCCUACCAGGUUCAAAAGGAUGAUAUCAUCCCUGUUAUACUACUACUGCAUCUCAGCAUUACCCCAUAUAACAUAUCCUUCUCUUUGCUCUUUUCCCUGCCACUGAAUGCUUUUAAUACAAUUUUUCUCAGUUUUGGACAUUUCCUUUAGCCUGAAUUUCAUCCGAUUACUUCGAGGCGUUAUUACUCCCUCAGUAAAGUCUGAAUCGACCGGCCGUUAAUGCCUUCCAGUGACGUCACUACUCCUUUGCUUUAAUUCGUGCAAAACGUUUCGUUUGGAAAUGUCUGCAUGAGACAGACUGGUUUACUUUUUUCGAUCGUAAUUCAUGUUUAACGUUCAAACUAUCAACUGCGUGCAGUACUCUGAUCCAGUCGUAAUUCUAUAAUCAAACUCGGUCGCAACACGCAAUGAAAUAAAUACACACAGAGAACACUUAGUUCAACAACACAACGGGUUGCUGUAAUUGAAAAGAAGCUAUUUGGUCGUGAACAAAGAAAAAAGAAAACAAGGAAACAAGAAAGAAAAGCUAACAGAAUCAGUACACUUGACGGUGAAAAUAGCUAAAAAAGUUCGAAAUACAAUCUUUGUCUCAGAAACUUCGCAUAAACAAAAUCACUGCGGAAACUACAAAGCGGCGCUAAAUGAAAAACCUACCGACUCUCCGCAAUAAUUCUUCAUUCGCAGUUCAAUUUAGCAUUUCAGGUUCGAAGACGAGGGCAAUUUUGCUGUUUACGAUAAAGAUUAUCGAAAUGUUUGAACUCCACACAAGCAAGCAAGGGAUGUGAUCAGUUGAAUCUCAAGCGACAAUCCCGCUAAAAUUUCUCACAAUCACGCAUAAUUAUGCGAAUGUUUAGACAAUCAACCAAUCAAAAUCACUACCCGGUUUUCGUGUGGUGAUGACGUCACUGGACGGCAUCAAUCGGCUGAAAUUCAGGCUACAUUUCCUUGAGUUAUCACUGCAUUCCCUAACCCAUGGUUUACUCUCUUUCCUUUUUACUUCCAUUCCUCUUAUCCUCUUCCAUUUCGUUGUUAUUUUUUAUUCAAUUUAGGUGAAGGUGGAUUAUUAAUACAUUGUAUCUCAGGAUGGGACAGAACUCCUUUAUUUGUGUCUCUUCUUAGAAUGUCAUUGUGGGCGGUAAAUCAUUUUCUUUUCAUUAUAAUUUCAACUCUACCAUUUAUUUACAAUGUUUAAAAGGACUUCCAUAAGUUUCAAAUUAGUAAAUACGUGCAGCACUUUUCUAACAAUUAUUCAUAGUGAAGUAAAAACUUUUCGACCCAGAAGUACUGAAUAUCCAAGAAGUGUGGCUAUAAAAGGGUCUCUACCUAGUAAACGUCAAACACAUCUACUUAAUGCAAAUUGCAAUUUGUUUGUCUUCAAGGGUGCAGUUAAAUUGGAGUCCAACCCUCUUAUGUAUCUCACAUUGUCUUACAAUGAGUAUCAAUAACUUUUCUAUUUUCAGAAAUUGUAUGUAAACUUGGUGUGUUUUCGCCUAAAAUCACAAUAUUAAGUAGCCUGUCCACUGAUAUUUUUUCUUUCUUUGUUUUCGACAAAUUUUCCGAGCGCGAACGGCGUAAAAAAGAUUUGCCCACCCCAUCCCCUUGCGCAAGCGGUCAAUAAGUCUCUCGCGGUUUUUAUUUUCAUACGCGCCCUCUACGAUCUCUAGAGAAAAUAGAGGGUUUCGAACAGAUUAAGGGUGUGUUCGAUUGACAUUAUUCCGGAAGAAGAAUGAAUGGAAUUAACUCUAGAAAGUACGUGUUUUAACUUUCAUUGUAAUGCAAUGUUUACAAAACUGCUUGAACUAAAAUAUUCCGCUGUAUAUAAAGAUUGACUGGUACAAAAUUCACGGUGGAAGAGAUUUGCAACAAACCUUUAACGUAUUCUUAUUCUGGAAUACGAUCAAAAGGGCGCACCCUACACUUUUAGCUGCUGCCUGAUGUUUUUCGUGUUGGUUUUCAGGAUGGUCGUAUCCAUCAAUCCCUUAGUGCUGUAGAGAUUCUCUUUCUUACAGUUGCUUAUGACUGGUUUUUAUUUGGGUAAGAUUAAAUUCUGCUUGGUUUAGCAAUGAAGAUUUGACUUCACUUUUAGACAAUUAGUACCUUGCUUACUGCCUCAGUCAUACAGAUUGCUGGAGCAAUUUAGAGAGUUUUGUGACUCAUGAAUUAAUUCCUUAAUGUGAUAUACGGUAAAAGCCCGCUUGUGAGAACCUACAUGUUUUGAAGUCUGUCACAAAGGGUCUUGUAUUUUGGGGCAGUUAUUGGUAAUUUAAGCUAAUUAGGUUCUUAAUUAGGUCACGUUUAGGUUCUUAAUUUCUAUGGAGGAGAUAUAGUUGCUGACUACCAGAAAAAUAAAUAUACUUGGGUUUGGUCCUUGUAUUUUCCCACAUUGUGAUUUUCAAUGUUUAAUACUAAAACAAACGAUUAAGAAAUAUUCAUUACUAGUAAAACUCAAUCAACGCAUAAAGCAAAUAUGAAUGGAUAGAAAUAGCAAAGAAAUUAAUCUGGCUAAACUCAAUUCGAGAAUUAUCGCAACAAGAGCAUGUUUGUGAUAUUUGAAAGGCCAUUCCUCACGAGUGCAAACACCUUACGUUUUUAAAACAAGACGCUGUGGAAGCGUAUAUUUGGGCGUUGAUGUACUAGGGAUGUGUGAGUAAUGCAGUAGCGAUGUAUAUUUUAGGGGUUGGUUGAGAUGUGUGAAGUGGAAGGGGUGGAGUUAUAUUGCACGUGGAUUGGUAAGAUAAUGGCUGUGGUUUGGUAAUCAGUGAAACAUGAAGUACUGUAACAAAAAAUAAUUUUUUGGAAGGUAAAAGUGAUUUUAGGUGUUGCAGUGAGUUAGUUGUGGGAGGGCUUAUUUGCUUAUGAAGGGUUAGUGUAGUUACAGUCUGUUGAAACGAAGUGGUGGUUCUGAAAGAUCUUCUCAAUAGCAAAACAUACUUGUACUUAUUUUAAACGUUGUUAGGCUUUGUAUUUAGGCCGAGAUUGUUUUUGAUUAUUUGUAUGGAGAGGACGUGUAUAAGGAAAAGUUCAUUUAACAUAGUGAAGGGGGUAUGAAAAUGUUGAAGGGAAGGCUGAAAUUUUGUGUGUGUGUGUGUGUGUGUGUGUGUGUGUUCAGGGGGCUUUGAAAAAUCGGUGGUGGCAAAGAGGAGAGCAUACAAUCUGGCUGUAUAGAACUAACGGCCUGAUUACAUGAGUUGGGCUGGCUCACUUUGCAGAGUUCUCGGCACCUUAGUUAAAUGCAACAAAAAUCAACUUUUCGAUUAUAUGACAAUCAAGCCAAGCCGGUUAGCUGGCAUCCCAGUAUUGUGAUGCCAGGAUCCAGGGUGGAAAUUUUCCUAGUAAUCACGCUUGCCGGGCUGCCCUGCUAAUGAAUCAAGCGAGAAACAGGACAGUGGGUAACACACUGCUCACACGCAUUGCUUCCAAUCUCUAUUUAAAAAUGGAGGCUCCGGGCUGGUCCUUUUCCUGUAGUACGGGAUAAUAGUCACCUCGGCAGAGCUAGCCAACCCGGCUCAUACUGUGAGUUGUUAUUACGCAGUUGCACGUAAAAGCUUUGGAAUUUGCCGCUUUCGUGGUUCGUGUAUGAGAGAAUACGACUUAGUCUAAUUAACUCAGCGGUUUUAAAAAUAACUGUCAUGAACGCAGUUUGCACGUGAAGAUGUUUGACUCUGCCCCUUUUACGGUUCGAAAGUGAAUGCAACUUGUUGCGAAAUCACCUCCUUUCCGAAAAUCAGUCAUUCAAUGUGGAUGUAGCAGCUGCUCGGAAUCUGCAAGCCAAUUGGAUUGCUACCCAAAGCGGAAAAUGAUUGUAAACAAGAACGUUCUUAGAAGCCGCGAAUCUCGCAUUCUUGGAGAUAAGUUUUAUUGUCAGCUGGUGCUGUUAUGCCGCUUUUUCAUAUGGAAUACAAAACGAGUGUUAUAUGUCAUAAUGUAAAUACUCAAAAGGUAAAAAUUGCAAGGAGAAACAGGCCUCACAUCUUAACUUCACACCGGUGUGAAGCGUUUGAGACCUCCUGCAUAUUGAUAUUGCUCCGGUGAGGAGAAUUCUUUCAGCGAUUUACACUCAAAAAAUUGAAUGAUGAUUUUUAUCAGUAUAAAGAAAUAUAUUUUAGUAAAAUCCAGCUGGUGGUCUGUUAUCAAUGUUGCGAUCUGAUUGGUUGAGCUACUAAUACGCAUGUUAUAGCCUACUAGUAGCGAAAAGCGCCGGCUUUGAAAACAAAAACAAUGGCAGCUGAAUCGCGUUUUGUUAGCUAAAGUUGUUUUCUCCCCAUGUGUUUGACCAACUAGCUGGAUUUUAUGCACCUAUCAAUGUCAAGCCGGCGGGGGGGAGGCAGGGAAUGGGGUGGGGAUUUGAUUGUCUUUGUUGGCCCUGGGGUAGGGCAUUUGACUGAUCUUGUUCUCCCAGGGGAGGGGAUAUUUGAAUCUUUCUUCGCCCGACGUCGAGGUAUUUGACUGCCGACUCGGACGAAAAAGACUGAGACCGAACAUAUGUUUCCCGCUUUCACGCUUCACGCAUGGGCCGUACGGUUUGAAAAGAUCAGGAAAUCAUGGAGGCCAAUGAGAACAAGCAAAGGCUGAGUGGAUUUCACUGUUUUGUCUUCAAAUUUCGUUUGUUUUAGCGUGUUUUUGAUCAAUUGAACCUCUUAAAAUACUGUGGUAUCAAAGUAAACUGAAGUAAAGAGAAACCAAGUCGAUUUUUGCAAGUACAGUUGAUUAGUGUAUGGCUUAUUCGCUACAUUCACUGUAAACUGAUAAAACUGACUAUCUUUGUACCCUUUAUUAAGAACCGUAUAUUUAAACUUACAAAAUGUGGACUUUCUUCCUAAAGGUUUAAGUAUUCUACGCAGUGUAACACGGAUUAUGGUUAAAACGUAUAAUUGCAGGAACAGGAACAUGUAUCUUUGGUGAUGCAGCAACGUCGCUCCUGGCAACGUUUAUAAAAGAUUGUAGAGUUUUAUUCAGAGAUAUUUUUAUUGUGCCUUUCUUAGGUUCUGCCUUUGGAUUGACAGCAAUGUGCAGCCCGGGGUGGGCAAAUUUGGUUGCAUUUGACUGGAAUGAUUUGCCCGUGGGCAGGGAAUUUGAUUGAAAAUUUUUGAAAAAAGUCAAAUCCCCACCCUAUGCCCUGCCUCCCCCCCCCCGCCGGCAUUACAUUGAUAGGUGCAUUACUAAAACAAUUAUUCCUCUCGCACUCAUGGCCCUCUGAGUCCAUAGCCCAUGAGGCCGAAAGUCUAUUCGGGCUCGAGGCGUAAUUAUUAACUAUACCUUCUAUGCAGCGGACAGGAUACGGCUCGGUACAGUUUUUAUUCAGCACAGGAAAAUUGUGCAAGUUUGGCAGAACCUUAUACAACAGACAGUUAAUUCAGUUCGCGCGUAUUCCUGUUGAAUUUGUUGUCCGUUUUAUAAGAUAUCAAAAUUGCGUGAAAGUAAGUACAUUUACCCUGGCUGCUUAGUAUCUGCUUUUAAUAUCUUCGUACAGUUAAUGUUUACGUGAUAUCAGAGUACAAUAUUUAGAGCUGUACUCAGCGUGGAUUUUAUCACAGUUUCAUUUUCCAGGAAAAUUUCACUUUCUCGUCAAGACAAUGACUGACUCAGUCAGACUCGGAGUAGUUUACUUAAAUUUAGUGUUCAUUACCGCGAGCGGGGUUAUGUUUUGUGAAAUGUAUCUACAGCUUUGUGGCCCACAUCACCACGAUCCACGAUUUAUUUAUAUAUUUCAUUUUCAAGUUUUUUUAACCUAUGACUAUCCUCGAUCCCCGAUCCUCGAUUCUCGAUCCUGAUUUUCCAGUAAACGUCGAAGUUUUGCUCAUUAAGAUUGUUCUUGUUUUCGACCACCGAAGUAAUCAAUUGUUCCAAAGUAAUCGACUCUUUCAAGCAAUAGAAUUCGUGGACCCACCCGUUCCGGAAAAGCUCGAUAUGGGAUUCCUAUUCUAUGGACAUGAAGUGCGUGAUAGUCAAGUACAUACGUAACGUCAGAUGCGUAGUUGAAGUUACUUCCAGUAGUACUCGAAGAUUAAAUCAAUGAUAUCUCAAGUAUUUAUAAAGUGCAACGCGACUUCACAUCUUAACAACUGCGAAAAUCUAUCAAUUAAAUAUUGUGACGAAAACCCGAAUAUUUUAACACAUUUCAUCCCCGCCUUCAAACUUCCAAAUUUUGAUGAGGUAAAAAUACUGAUGAUUCAGAUUAAUUUUUGAAAUUCCCUCAUGCCUCUUACCUUGUACGAGACGUUCGCAUAGCAGACAUUCGCACUCGCUUUGCUUGUUAAAUUGCCUUGUUUACGUUAGCACGUAUUGCGUGCCUAUUGCACUUUUGCGUCAAAACAAGCCGUGUCGAUUACUCUAUUUGAUCCACGCCCAAAUAAAAAGGGCAGUGACCGGUACCUGUGGUCCGGAGGAAAAACAUUCAUGCCUUGUGCCGCGAGGACAAUUACUUUCCAAAGGGAAAAUUUUAAAAAUUAUUUGGUAGUUUGUUUCACUCAGUGUACCUUGUUUGUGCAAUACGUUUGAUUUCUAUUGCCGACGCAUUAUUUGUGGGACCCAUGUAACGAGGAUGAAUGCUGUGCCCUCACACAUCGCGCGGCAGACAUUCCAGUCGCGUCGCUUGGCUUGUUUACGUUCGCACGUAUUGCGUGCCUAUUGCAACUUUGAAUCAAAGCAAGCAAUAUCGAUUACUCUAUUUGGGCGACGCCCAGAUAAUAACGGAGCAUGAUAUCCCAUUUAACCUUUUUAAAAAGCCCUAAGAACGAUCAGUAUCAAAUUCCUCCUUGUCAUAACAACGCUUUAUAGAACAGAGAAUGUGAGAUAGCAGGUAUCGAACCCAGUCCCUUCAACUCUUAGGCUACGCUUCACCGCACGUAGGAAAACAAUAGAAAUGACUUUACCAUAAUUCUUACGCCGUUGCCGGCAAAAAGCUUUCUGGCUAUAAGCCAGUAAGCUCAAAAUAUGUAUAAACAAGACGCUACGGGCCUAGCGUACACUUCGGCGUCGUGGUUGGGGAACUAAUUAAUUGUAAAUGCGGAGGAAUAGUAAGAAAUCAAAUAUGGUAAGAGUAAGGUGUGAAAUUAUGGGAUCUGUCAGGAUAUUCUGAAAACAUCCAAGAGGCCUACUUGCCAAAAACUAGCAUUUCAGGACAAACUGUCUCCGCGAUAUGGCCCAGGUAUGCUCUGAUGACUCCAUGCAAAUCCUUCUAAAAAAACAAUUCUCUAUUUUUCUUAGUCACAUCAGGCUUCAAAAACAGCAUAGCAGUCUCAUGUACUGAUUAAAGAUAUGUAAGGCAUGGGUAAGGAGUCAAUUACGUUGAGCAAGGAAUUGGCUAAAACUCAAAGUCACGAGUUCGAAUGUUUUGAGGAUAAUUAUUCACUGACUAUCAGCACGCAGGGAUGUCGCAGAUGUCGGAUUAACACAAGGAAGUUUAAAUAGCCUUUACAGAGCUUUAAACUAAACAGCCUCUACCAAUAAUAACAAACUCUCACUUGAACUUCACAUAUCUUACGGCUUCCGCGAACUUGUAAACACAGAACCUGAAAAUCGACCUUCGUCACACUUGACUAAACACAUCAGUCCAGCUCGUGGGGAAAAAACUUAGUUCGUCAAAAGAACUCGCUUGGAACUUGUAUACCGUUUGACAUAAGGUUCUAGAAAAUACUAAACAGGCGAAUAGUAGUAGCUUUUCGACAUAUUAUGAUUUCAGUAACUCAUGCAAAUCUGCUGACUCAUGCUGAAAUGUAAACACGCCCUAAUUAAUUAUUCAUGCAUAAUCCAAAAACGUAGAGAACGUUCGAGAAAGCACAGGCGGCCCAGACGUAGUAUGUGUCACUGAAUGAAUAUAUUAAUAUUCACAUGGACAAAUUAAUGCGAUGAGUCGUCGAAACUCCCAUGGACUAAAAUAGUCUAAACGUCAAAAUAUAACAAAACAAAGCUAAGAUACCUUCAACUGAACGUAUCCUUGUCUUUCCUGGCCGGUUUAAGUGGCAUUUUAUUGAGUUUUGCAAUUGUAGGUACUAUCCACUAAAGAAGAAUUAAAGGCUGGCUACAAAACAAACAGACCAUCUCCACGCGCCUUCACACGAAGCGCUAUAAAUUCGAGAAUAAUCGACGAAUCCGCUCCAAAUAACCAUCGGCUAAUCUGCAGGUAACGUGUGCUCCUGCUUCUGGCUCGCUUGCUCCACAAAACCCAUCGCAACUGCACAAUAAUUGCUCGCUCAUCAACAACCACUGUUGACCUUUACGCUUCGAUAUGACCGCAAACGACCAGGUAUAAUACGCGACGUGAAUAUUCAAGCUUAGCGACCGCGUCCGCUCGACAAUGCAACACUUGCAGUGGGAGGGAUGGUACAAUUGUUCUAGGUCAAUCAACACUGAGCGAGGGUCCGCUGCGUUAGUUUUGACCAGAAAACAAAAGGCGAUCGCGGGACCGUCCGUAAGUUUUCAACAGGGCAGCCCUGGUUUUCAACGUUCGCUGUCUCAGAUGCUGUCCCAUUGUUCGUCCAGCCGCUUGCAUAGGUUCUUGACUCUACCAGACUUAUUUGCUUAGAUUAACAACGUCUUACUCCAUGAUAUGUUGUCCAAACUGGUGAAGGAGGACGAGAAUUUUCCGCCCAGGAAAAAGGCAAAAUCUGGCCCCCGCUAUGCAGCUGAAUAGAAGAUACAGCUGAAGAUAUCGUAAAGUAUAAUUUAUGGGCGCGAUAUCUUUUAUUAUUAUUAUAAUUAUUAUUCUCAAAACUCAGGGGCACCCAACGAUUAUUUCCCCCUAAAUGCAUUGAAAACACAUUUACGGCUGUCCAGAGUACUUUUGAUCGAAAAAUGCAUUCUAAACAGCGCUUACAUAAAUUUAGUCAGGAGGGCUAAAAGCGAAGCUAAUGAUUUAUAGUUUGCUCAUACUAAAUAUAAAAUAUAUCGUGUAAUGCUAAGCGGAGAAGGCAACGAGACAGGGCCACCCAACGACUGUUUCCUCAAAUACUUUCAAUUGAAAACACUUUUGUAGCUAUUCCUAAAGUACUUUUAGCUCUAUAGAAAUGCAUUCUAAGUGGCGCUAUAAAACUUGCAUCUCAGUGUUCGGCCAUUCUAGAGGAACUUGAGUCUUUUCCAAAUUACGAGGAAUUCAGAAUUAUUUUCCCGAAAAUUUUAGAUGCAAUUUAACGUAUUACGAAGGAGAUAAUUUUUCAGAUACCUUCUUUCAUCACAUUUUUGAAUCCGAAAAUUUUAGGAUUCCAUUUUACUCUCUACGAAAAAUAGUCUAACCCGGUGAGUGAAAUGUGAAAAAUUAAAAGUUGGAUGCCCUUGACCAGAACUGUGAAAAACAACAAUAGGUCUAAUUGCAGCACACUUUCUUGUACAUUUCCUUGCCGUUGAUUUGCAUGACUGCAACGUGAAACGUCCAGAAAACGUCCUGGUUUUCACUUUUUAUGGAGAAAAUGUGGUACAUGUUCUUGUUCACUUUUUCCACUGCUGCUCAUUUUUUUUAGCUCCGCUAUAAGAUUCGUAUCUGUUCGGUGCUCCUAGGGCAAAUUGGAUCUUUUUAAAACUUAUAAGGGCUUCAAUAUUAUUUUCCCGAUUGAUUGACCUAGAAGCAAUAGUACCAUCCCUCCCAUAGCAAGUGCUGCAUUGUUGCGCGAACGCGGUCGCUAAGCUUGAAUAUUCACGUCGCGUAUUAUACCUGGUCGUUUGCGGUCAUAUCGAAGCGUAAAGGUCAACAGUGGUUGUUGAUGAGCGAGCAAUUAUUGUGCAGUUGCGAUGGGUUUUGUGGAGCAAGCGAGCCAGAGGCAGGAGCACACGUUACCUGCAGAUUAGCCGAUGGUUAUUUGGAGCGGAUUCGUCGAUUAUUCUCGAAUUUAUAGCGCUUCGUGUGAAGGCGCGUGGAGAUGGUCUGUUUGUUUUGUAGCCAGCCUUUAAUUCUUCUAUAGUGGAUAGUACCUACCAAUAACUUGACAGAAUAAGAUAUUUGAAAAAUGCAAACAUUGUUUUACCUACAAUUGCAAAACUCAACAAAAUGCCACUUAAACCGGCCAGGAAAGACAAGGAUACGUUCAGUUAAAGGUAUCUUAGCUUUAUUUUGUUAUAUUUUAAUUUUUGGACUAUUUUAGUUCAUUGGAGUUUCGACGACUCAUCGCAUUAAUUUCUCCAUGUGAAUAUUAAUAUAUUCAUUCAGUGACACAUACUACGUCUGGGCCGCCUGUGGAGAAAGUCACGCAACGCAUGAAAGCAAUUUUACUACGUAACACUCAACAAAGAUAAAAUGUCUUUGUGCAGCAUUUUGUAACUUUAAAUUCAUCAUAAAACAGUUCGAAAGGAGAGCUCACUCGUGAAAUGUUUUUCAACAUUCGAAGAGAAAUUUCGUGUCUCUGCGCGGCCACGUAAUAUCCUCUAUUUAUUCCUCGAGUAAUUAAAGACUAAACUCGAAGUGAUCUCAAGAUAUCACGAAGUAGUCCGAUCUCAUUUCGAGAAAUAGUUGAAACAAGCCGAAAAGUCACGAACUUGCACGCCCAAUCGUGUCCCGAAACUAGUGCAUCAUUUCAUAACUAUUUUUCACAUGCCAGACUACCUUGGGUCGCAGUAGCGCAAUCGGCUAAUCCCUCAACUUAGAGUCUCCUCUGAUCUGACGGGUCACACAGGUGAGUCGGUUCAAACCCCGGGAAGGCCAAAAUAGUAAUUCUUUCUUCCUUGAAAAAGUUAAAGAAUAAAUCAAAGAAAUCGAAGUGAUUUCGAGAUAUCUCGAACUAAUUCGGCUCUCACUCUCUGAAGUAGCCGAAUAGAGCCGAAAACCUACAAACUCUGCUUGCCCAAUCUUGUCAAAAAAUUGCAACUUUGAUACAUUCCUGAGCGUCGCGAAUCCUUUACUUCGCGCUCCGCCGAAGUAAUAAAGUUAAUAUUAUUUUAAGUAUUUAUUUGUAAUAUAAAUUUGCAAUAUAUCAAAGUCAAACUUCUUGGUUAAUUUAACUAUUUUUAAGAAAUGUACAACAACUUUAAGUUUAAAACAAGACAUGUUUCGAUCGUUCAACGAUCAUCUUCAGUUGUGAAUUCGUUUGCAAGUUCGGUUGAAUUAAUACAAGCAAUGAAGUACAAGUUAAAACGUGAUACAAUUCAAAAUUUCGAAAAAAUAGCGUACAAUUUUAAGAUGCGCGAGACAUGGAAUAACACUUGCGCGAGGACUACCCUUAAUACAAGGAAGAAAAUUGUAAAAAUUGAAAUAACUAUAAUGGUUAUAACACAAAAUGUUGUGAGAACAAAAAUAUAUAUAUACAUAUGUAUUAAAUAAACGUUAAGAAUAAUAUCAGAACGAGAGAGUUAAGUCAGCAUGUCAGCAUAAUUUAACUGUAUCCCUCAUGGGAUACAGGUUCUUGUAUUUUGGGUGUUAAAAUGGCAAAUUUCUGUCAGCAGGUUAUUAAAGCACUAGGUUCUUUCACGCGGGAUUUUACUCGUAACUCAAUGUAUGUCACAUGAUUUAUGUCGUUUUCAAAUCAAGUGAUCUGUAAAGUUGAGCUUGUCAAGGUUCCUACAGAAGUUUAAGAAAAAGAGGCCUACACUGUAAUUGGUAGUUAUUAAUGUAUUCAACUUAUUUACGUUUCUGAUUAACAAAUAUAUAUAUAUUUUUAGGCACAGCCUUCCUGAAAGACUUCAACGCGGAGAAGAGGUAAAACAUGUCAGUCUAAGGCUACAUUCAGAAAACUCCUUUGUUUAGAUGUUCCUUUAACACGAAACCACCUUAACCGUGGCUAGCUGUUCUUAAAAUUUAAACGCCAAAAUCGAGGCAAAAUUCUAAGCCGGUCGAACACCAUUACCGUCAACAAAAAAAAUGUAAAUUUUGAUACGGCAGAGGAGUGGUUGCAUGGAUACGUGGUAACUCAGCUGGGAGACGCCAUGUUUGAUUUGCUAAAGUAGCUCUCUGCGCAUGGGCAGAUCGUAAAACCUCUGAUAAAAGUGAAAAAUCCAACCAAGCUCGUCAAAUUUUUCAGCUGGUCGAACUGACAUUCAUGCCUAGCCUUCGAAUACAGCAUUCUCUCCUCACUCUAUAUGUUGUUUUUAUUUUUUAAUUUCAUUUUUUCUGGCUCUCGUGUUUUUAAUAUGAGUAUUACUUAAUUUUUUGAAAAUAAUUUAACCAUUACAAGUUUUCUUUCCUUUUUCAGGUUUUCUUUUUUUGUUUCAAUUUCCUGAAGAACAUUGCUUCAGAUGACUAUUCUGUAAAUACAUUAAGCCGGAGGUAUGUAGUAUGAUGUAUUUACACAGUAUGCUAUUAUUUUCCAGGUUUAGAUCUUCAGUUUCUUCACUAUCAUUACCUUUCUUCCUUUUCUUCUUCUGUGUUUUAGAGCCUCUGCCAAAAGAAGCGACUCAGUUGGCCAGUUAGAUGUUGGCGCAGUUCUGUUAGGUGGGUUGACCCGAUUGUGUUUUUGAAACAGGGCCUCAAAAAGUUGUUUUUUCUCUUUUUUAGACAUAGGUAAAUGGCUUUCUACAUAUUUUUACCUUGGAUCUUCUUUAUUGAAAUGUAACAAAUGACUUGGUAGGACUCAUUCUUCCUCAGUCGAAUGAAAACUUCCUUCCCUUGUCUGAUAGCUAAGUAUAUUUCAUCUGAAAAUGGUACGGCAGCAAAUCUACGUGGUUGAAAGUAAUUCGAUUGGUGUGAGCGGUACAAUGUGAUCUGGCAUCACCUCCAAAAGGAGUGGCAAGCUGGUUUAAGAGUAACGUUUUUUGAUAGCCUGCAAACGACUGGCGGGAUUUAUCGCGAGCUUAACUCCUCCAUUGCGUUUGUUGUUGAGGCAGUGAAGCUGCAAAGGAAUGGGGAUAAUUUUGUGUACAAGAGGCCAAUUUACAGUUAUGGAUGGAAGCGAGGCUGACGGUGACCUUGUUCUGAUACAAACCUUCGUGCUUUAUUAUGUAAAUCAAGUUAUUCUUAUGCUAACUGGUAUUUUUCAAGGACAAUUUCCAUAACAAAGCAAAGGAGGUUUGUAUCAAAACAAGGUCACCGUCUGCCUCACAUUCACUCGAAGGCUAGGGUACUAAGUCCACAACUGUAAAAUGGUCUGUUCAUCUUUGUGUCAAUAACACCCUGGUUUCGGCCUAAGCUUUAUUGUUUUUGUUUCGUUUCAUGUGCAAGUACUUGCUUGACGGCCCUUUCUGUUCUUUUAUCUUAAUAAUGUCUUUUUUGUUUCCUAAGAACUUUCAACCAACUUUCGUGACGUUUUCCUUGGGAAGACGACAGAUUUCGAUUAGCACUCCCCCGCAGUGUGAUCCCGCCAGCUACGCAGGCUAGUUUCCUGAUCUCUUUGUGUAUUUCAAACAGAUGAUCGUGUGUCACGUGGUAGUAACUCCAGCUUAAGCAGCUGUAGUAGUGUGUCAGAGCAAAGAGGUUUUUUCAUUGGUCAGGAAAUUACUGAAGAUGCUGAGAUGUCGUCCUCAUCGUUUACAUAGUAAGUGUGUGUUGGAUUACACAAGAAGCUAACUUUUAUUCCUCAACCAAGCAAUCAGGAAUUCGUUUCAUUGAAUUCGGAAUGCAAACUUUUUUUAAGUUUAGUCUAUACACCACAAACUGGAGAGAAUUUUGUAUUCUGAUCUGAGACUAAGUGUAUAGAUUACUGAAUGUCUCUUUCUCUCUCUGUUUUACUUCACUGAUUCUUACUGUAGUGGUGCACGAGCCGCAUAUCAUUCACCGCCUUAUUCUCAUUCUGCUGGGUAUGAAUACGAGUGUCGGCACCAGUCCACUAGUCCUCUUCCAGUACCCCGGCGAUCACGAAAGAACUCGAAUACGUAUGAUCAGGUACGUAGGAUUUUUUUUAACUUGACAGUCUGUCCCAAUUAUUCACCAAGUGCCGCUGAAUCUUAACAGUAACCUUGUCACUCCCAAGAGUGAAAAUUGUUGAAAUUCGAUGUUUUGAACUGUGCAAAGUAAGCAACGACAACGUCAGUAUCAUAGAAGCGUGCGCUCACUCGACUUAGAAUACCUCGUCGCCAAUUCUUGAUGUCUGCAAAAACCUUAUCCAGCAAAACCUUGAGCAUCAUCGAAGAGCCAGAGGUGGUCAGUUGGGCCAGGAAAUACGGCGGCGAAAGUUUUUCAAGAACGGGUGAGAGAGCCCCUGGGAUACUACUGUUCACGAACCAGUUCCACGACUCAUUCCAAUGCUUGUCUGUGAUUGGGCUCAAAAAAUGUUUUUCUGCCUCAAUCGGAGGCCAGUAUCUAUCGCGCUGCUUUCGUGGUCUUCUUAUACGAAAUUUCUUCAAUUGGUGCUCUUUUUUUUAUUUGUUUAGCUAACAUGCUAAAUUAUGGAAUUUCUUUGAUUUUGGGGGUCCGUUUUCACUGAAACUCUUCUCGAAGAACGCUCCCCUGCACGACCCAGACAGGUUCGGCUAACCGUCGAGUUUGCAGUUAAACCCCUUCAUACAAGAAGACCACGAAAGCAGCGCGAUAGAUGCUGGCCUCCGAUCGGGCACAAAAAAUAGACAAGCAUUCGGAUGAGUCGUGGAACUGGUCUGUUAAGAGUACCAUCCCAGGGACUUUCCUAGGGACUCUCUCGCCCGUCCUUGAAAAAACUUUCACCGCCCUCUUUGCCCGAGCCAACCUGACCGCCCCUGGGUUUCCGGGGAUGUCCCUUUCGUGGCGGUCAUUUGGGUUUUAAAAUUCAUCAUACCUUAAAUGUUUGGUGGACGUCUCACGAAUUUCGAAAGUGUUUUAGGGUAAGUCCCCUUGGAGAUAUUUAAAAUAUCUGUGUCUUUUACUGUGCGACCACUGUCACAUGCGCCUCUUAAACAAAACUAUCCAAUUUCAGAUUGCAGGAGGCAAACAGUGAAUUUUGAGCAAAACAGCAAACAUUUGGCUCUCUAGAUUGGACAUCUAUUACGUAUUUAACUUCAUUUAUUCAAUUUUCAACUUGUAGAUGACCUAUAAUCGUUGGUGCGAAAUAAUUCUAAAAGUGUUCUACGAUUAGUGGACAGAAGAUACAUGGUGCUCGUUUUAAUGAUAGAUUGGCCUCGGUGGGAAAGUCUUAAUUUAGUCUUAGUUUAGUUGGCUAAUAACCUUUGCUGGAAUUCGUGGCUAGACACGGUUAUCUGACUGGGCCAUUUUUGUUGGUGGCCUGGUUAACUGCAGUCGCAUUGUAAAUCAUCACUACAUCAACUGUAAAUACUGCUACUCAGACGCAGGUGUUUAAAUGGUCACACUUAAGCUCCUUGCGCUAUUUAUAACGUAUUUUAUCCUCUACCUUUCAGAAACCGUCUUCUUCAUCCGUGUGUGGAAGGUACCACUCCAUAUUGACCUUUAUUAUUCUGUUUUGUUAUGUGUGGAAGCCAGUGUUCAAAUGAUUAUUUUACCCAGUUUGUUUUUGGGUUUGAAAGCAAUUCAGUGAACUCAUCAUAGAUCCAUGUUUUCUGUUUUUGUUUUAGUUUUUGCUCAAUCUAUAAUAUAGUUAAUUAAAAUUGUGCCAAUGACAAUUGUCAUUAAAAGGAACAAAAAAGCGUAAGAAUGCCCACAUACUGGGAGCUGUAUGUCAGGUUUAGUUUACUCGUUCAUGAUUGUAUGUGGUAUUUUUGUAUUUUAGUUGGCAGUUAAUUUCCGGUACAGGGAGUCCAAAUGGUACCACAUCUAUGCGUGACUCACCGAUAUCAACACUUGAUCAUGGCAGUAGCACAACUAGUCUGUAAGUUUAUGCUUGUUCUUGUUCCAGAAUAAUGUCAGUCGAACGCCGCACCCUAAUCAUUGAUAUUUGUUUGAUCCUGACAGGGCAGAGAGUGUGGAUGAAUGUUCUGAUCGCCAGAAGCGCUUAGGAGAUAUACGCAGUUUGUUUCUUCAUGUUUUUUUCAAGGCUGUUGACUGCGGUAACAAAUUUGAAGGCGGGACGUCAUUUGCAAGUAUUUUUGACCAAGUCACUGAAAAAAUUCGAGAGGGCUGGGGGACCGUAGUCUAAGCUUAAAUUGUUCAUUUUAAUAUUUUGUACAGAAUCUCAGUAAAUCUGGUUCCGUAGAUUACAGUCCAUAUAAAAACGUUCACGCUGUUUUUGUCGGGGAACAAAUGUAACCCAGCCGUUCGCAAUACAGUCAAUUCUAAGAGUCCGUCUAAGAGUUUUGUCCAUCUUAUACUUAUGUGUCUGACUUGUGCAGGUGUCCGUUAAGCAACGUAGAGAUUGCAGUUACAAGAUGGCGUUGACAAAAAUUCAUUUCUUUUUUUGGAGAAUUCAAGCAAUUACUUCAGAAAUGAAGACAACAUUGUCUUCGCAUCGACAUUGCACAGGUUUUAGUUGGUGUUGAUCUUCAUAGCUGUCUCAUCGACUGUAGACACUCAAAACCGAGAAGAAUCAUUUAGUAAUUUGCCUUAGUGAUUUGCGUGAACUCUCUCUUACUAGGUUUAAAUUGAUUGCGGAAACAAUGAAGGAAUUUGUCUUGCCCUACUCUUGAACGUUCUUUCCACACCAAAAGAAAAGCCACUUUUCUACUGUUUCUUCUUUAUUAUUUUCGAUUAAAUUCGUCAGCCUUGGGAAAACUCUUAUCAAAUAGGAGCUAAGGUUUCGUGGAUAUCUGUACAAUGGACCUUUCCAAAAUCUACCAUAAUACUGAAUUUUUAAAGUACAGGGUUAGACUUAUCUAGGAGCAGUUAUUCCAAUAACAAUUGUUGGAAUGACAAGAUGGAAUUCAGGUUUAAUCAUUAAUCAUGGAACCUUCAGUCUUAGUUUCCCUGUUAGCAGAUCUCGCCAAUAAAAUUCGGAAAGUAGCCUCUGCUAGCAGGGAAAUCUUGAUUGCAGCUUGAAAUGAAGCUUGAAUGUACUAAUAGAGAACAGAAGUUGAAGCCUGCCCUUUGCAUUGGUAUUAUAAUAUUGCGCACCAUGCAAAUUUUUUAAGACUUGUUACCUACUACACGUGUAUAGAGGCUAAACCCAACACGUUAAAGAGUAUUGUGGUAUUUUCCUGAAAUGCCGAUAUAAUGCUUUUUGCUUGACGUGAAAUAGUCAAGCGAUAUGGUAUAGAUAGGUUAUCAUAUGCAGGGGCGUAGGCAGGAUUUUUCUAAGGGGGGUUCACAGAGGCUACUCACUAGAUCAGCGGGCUCAGUCGUAUUAUUGCGGCAUGAAGGCCCAUAUUAACUAAAAGCAAGAGCCGUUGACGAAAAUACAAAAAAAAACAAAAUUUAAAAAAGUGGGCUUUUCAACAAUGGCUUUUAAGGCCGAGAUAUUGUCAUGGCGUUUUCGCCACCUGAAUAUUGUAGGUUGUUUGCUCAAAAGAAGGCCUACCAAGGGGGGAUCACGGGCACCCCAGGACCCCCCUAGCUACGCCCCUGAUAUGGAGUAAAUUAAAGGAAUAUAAUGGUCAAUUUCAUGUAGUCACCUCUCUCCAAACGGACUACCCUGUAGAACAAGCAAAUAGCCGGAAGAAAGGGAUCACGAGCGUAUCCACCUUCCCCGCGCGGAUCAUUCGUACCGCGCUCCAUGUUACUCAUACACCUGGUACCCCUGGUGUUGUGGUUCUAACGAAGUCUGUCUUAAGAGAGGUGGCUGUAAAUCAAUUGCUCCACCCGCGCAUUUGAUUUCUUAUGUGUGACUGGAAUAUUGUGUGUUUUUGCUGACUCAAUCGUUGCCUGAUUUCGGCCCUGAAAGUGUGAAGCCUGAUUUUAACUUCAAACCCUUGGCACUUGCCGCAUGUGAUGUGUUUCUGUUUGAUAAGAAACGCAAUCGUUUCGUGUGAAUCAAAGUUUUGCCUGCGAUGAUGACUUCGAUUAACACAGUAAGCUGUAGUAGUCCUAACAAACAUUGAGACAUUCGCUUCUCUAGAAAAACCGGUGAAAUAUUUUUCGCGAUUCGUUUCCAUAAGAAACUUGGUGUUUAUUGAACACAUAAAUAUUGAUAAAAGUAUGUUUUGUUGUUCGCACAGAAGCAAAACAAAAAAAACCCUCUGAUUUCUUACAUGUUAUUAUCAAUGAUCGUUCAAAAAAAUCUAUAUUUAGCACCUCAACCAAGAUUAUGAGAAGCGUUAUUUUUGAACACACUAUUCGUAAGAAAAGCUGCGCUGAAAAAUGUGGAAAAAUCGUUAUAAAAAAUAGUUUUUCUGAUCAAAAGUUUUGAUUUUUAUAACUUUUUCACAAUAAUUACAAAACGAUUGCUCUCUUACAGAACCUACUAUUCUACAAACAUGUAGCAGCCCUCUUUACUGUUCAACCAAUCACGAUGGCGUACUUGCCUUCUCUGUGUAGCUCCAGCAGCGUUUUUCAUCCUUCUGUCAACAGAUUUCACCACUAGGUGCACUAGAUGUUGUUCACUACAAUCGGCGACAAAAUUAUCGAUACAGUUUGGCUUGUCUUCUUCAUAAAGGAAAAAUAAACCUUUUCUAUCACACCCAUCGUAAACAAAGUUGUGCCGCUGCUUGAGCUACCUGUAGGAAACUAAAUGAGCUUUGGUUUGGGACUCAGUUGAGGGAGGAGGUAUCCACGGUGUUUUUCUCCCUGACAUGUUCCCCGUUUGACGACAGUAUCUCGACAAUUCAGUUUCACCAAUCAGAUCGUCAUUUCACCGGAUGUCUCUCACGUUACCUUUUGACCCUAACAAGACAUGGUGGGUUCUGUUGGAGUACAUUUGUUUGAGCCAUUACCUUGCUUAAUGUGUUUUGUGAUCUCAGUUCACUAGCAUCACGUCACAGAAAGAGAUUCAGUUCGUUUUAUUCGUAUUUCGUAGAAUUAGUCGUAUUAAAUUAUGAAAUAAGAUUUAAGAAUUAAUGAAAUUGAAUUCCUUUGUGCCGUUUCAACCGUUUGUCGUUCAUAAUUUAGAUCGAUGCUUGGUAUGAUAUGUUUUGUUUGAAUACACUUGCUGUCCAGGUCAUGAUAAGAAAUAACUCGUGACAGGUUGUUAAAAAACAGACUUCCCGAUUUUCUACUUCUGUUUAUUUUACAUCACCAAUUUAUCAUAGAUAUAUAUAUAUAUCAACGUUUCGUUUCUCUUUCAGAGAUGUUCAUAAAAAUAUUGUUUAUUGGAAUUUAGAAAUAUAUCUACUCUCUAACCAGUUUUUAUAUCACGGUACCCAGACACUUAAUUUAUUUCAACAAAUGAAUAAACGUUUAAACAAGCAAUUACCGUUUAGUUCUUUCAAUAAUUCUUUCUCAUUUUCACGCUUUGUCAAGUUUCACUCAAAAGUUGUCAUAAUUAUGUCUUACCAAGAACUGAAGAAGCCAAAAAGUUGCUGGUUUAUCGCUUAUCGAAUGUCCCAUAACUGCUAGCAUUAUUGGAUACCCCUGGUUAUCCUCUCUUGUAAAAGUGUAUGCUGUAUUUCACUGCUUGGAUUGCAUGUGUGCACUACUAUUGUUUGAGAUCCCGGUUUCAACAGCAGUUAAGAGCCAAUGUCUAAUUUUCGAGAAUCGGUUGACAGUCGUGAAUUUUUGAAUUUCUUCAUAUUUUGCCCACAUAAUCUUUAUAGUACACUUAUUUCAAAAAUCACAUUAAAACUUGUAACGGCUUUUUAUUUUUUCCUGAAUCGGGCAAAGUUUGAAAAACGCCAAAUCGGCGCUCUUUCGAGUAUGAAAUUAGCGAAAAUUAACCAUUUUCUUCGCGCUCGUACAUAAAAACGGGAUGAUAUCUCUAAAUGAAAUCAAGUCACAAGAAAAACACAGACUUGUACUUUAUAAUUCUGCAAUUAUCUUUAGACAAGCUGUUUAAAUGUGACUGUGUUGGCCCCAAGAAGAAACACGAUUUCGGCUCUUUUCAAAUAUGGCAAAUUUGACCUAACUUUACCAUCGAAAAAAACAACUGAUACAUGGAAUUUCAACAUGAAACAAACACUAUUUUAAAGCAUAUCCUUUGCCGUUUCUUGAGUUAAAAAAUUUUUGGCGGCAUUACAAAAGUGCGUCGCUGAGACACCGAAACGUGCAGCGUAGUUUCGCACGUUGGAACGCUGAAAACAAGCUAGCCGCGAGUGUAGGCACACAAAAGUAUUUGCUAAUUUAGCUUGUUUUACAAGGGGCACAUUACGAGAAGCUCUAAAAAUGUUUUGAAAAACGAUUUUCAAUUUGAUAGUCAUAAAAAAGAACUAAGUAGAUUAACACUGCAUUUGAUUGCACGCAAGUAGCUGAAAAAGACAACGCUGUUAAGUUCUCAUGGACUGUAAAUAUUGACCUCGAGUUUCUGCACCUAAAAUAAAGCCGCUAGAAACGGCGUGCUAGCUCUAAAUGGCAUUCGACAUCUCUAAGAAUUACUUACCACAGUCGUUUCAACCGCAAGUGGCCGCAGUUUGCUGAAAUCUUCCCUCGUUUAGCCUCGGACUAAACGCUGUCAUGCGUGAUGAAAGCCCGUGUGUAAUUUGAGUCUGGUCACGCAACUGUACAAACAAGGAUAAAUCAUCGCACGAGUGUACAAUUAACACUGUUUUUUUUUAGUUUUAUAUUUUAUAUUCCCAAAACAUGUCGAACUAAACUUGAUGUUAGGAUGUCACCAGCCGAAACUCAAAUAGAGAAAGAAAACAAAUAGAGUAAGCCGAGUCUGCAAAACUUUUCACACUAGUUUUCUUUUAUUUGCACUAAGCCUUCCGUGCCUUUGCUUGUAAUAAACUAAUCUUUACCCCGCUUAGCGUAUAGACUUCUUUAAUGAAUUGAGGGAUUUAGGUACACACGUAUGCCAUAUGCAACAUGACGGUAGAGCAGGGAAAUGGAAACGAGUAAAACUGUUUAAAGAAAAUUGGCCAAUGCUCCGCAAAAGAACAUUCCUGAAAAACCACAAAUCGAAAAUGGACAAUGGACACAUUUGAUGAGCGAAAUACAAGUAUUUAACAUGUUUAAAUUACUGAAAGUAGUAUUGCUUUGCUCCUCUUCAGCAAGGGCAACUUCUGGCGAGACCUCAAUCUGCUGUUGACGAAUUGUACUGAUCCCUCGCCCCCCGAAGAGAGGCCCUUAAAGGCCGGUCUACACAGUAUGGGGUAGACCAGAAUGCACGUACUGUUAGCUCCGCCUGAAAAAAAAAGUAGUCACCUGGCUCUAUCCGCCACCAUCCCCCCGGCACUUGUUCGCAGGUUAGAAAAUAAACCAAUUCACUGACAAGUUCUUUUUCAUAACGUCAAAGUCCGUCGCGUAAAUGAAAAAUGCUUUAACAUUUUACUUACUAUCUUUCAACCAAAUACGUUGCGGAGAAAAGAGAUAAAAGGCUGAAAACAGCCUUUCAUUUCGAUUUAAAAUUUCAGAUGGAGAAUGCCCUUUUCCUAGGUCUGCACCUGCAGUGACUUGUGUGCUAAAACUACUUCGUGGUGGGCAAAAACAACCGCAAAGGCAAAAACAACCGCCUAGCGGCGAGGAGCGAGGCGAGAAGUCCGUGGCCAUUUUCGAAAAGAAAAAGAAGUGUAAAGGCAGCACCUUCGUCGCUCAGAAAACGUCUGCGUAUAUAAUUUUCUUCAGGCCGCACAGAGUUAUCAAUUAAUGUGCCUUUACAGAACCCUUUUUAAAUGAGCAGCCAGCAUGGCCAGUAGGCUGUUCUGAAACGGUACAACGUGAUUUGUUCUCCGCCACCCGGAACCAAACAUUUAGCGGUGGUGAGGAAAAACUUUUAUUUUUUAUGCGCCAAUUUUGUGGAUCAAACAAAGUCUGCUAGCUCUAAAUGUAGUGAUAAAUACAUGAAUUGUUGUAUGUGUAGGGUUGAUCCUAAUGGAGAACCCAAUGCCAACCAACCCACCCAUCUCCUCCUCCUUCCCUAAAGUAGACUUUUCAUGACGUUAUCAUAAUCACCUGAGACCUCUUGUAAAGUUCACUAAAAUAAUAGCAAGCACCUUCGUAGCCUGUUCACAGACCCUCUACUUUUUCAUUAGAGAUCGUCGAUCUAUUUUCUCUUUGGAGAUCGUCGACUUUGCGUAUGAAAAUAAAAGCCGCGGGGGAUUUAUUGACCAGUAGAGCAAGGGGCUCUCUCUCGCGCGCUCGCUUCGCUCGCGUGCUCGUCUAUUUUCCAAACGAAAGAGGAGUGUAAAAGCUGCACAUUCGUCGCUCAGAAAAAGUCUGCGUAUAUCAUUUUCAGUUCAGGCUAUACAGAGUCAUCAAUCAAUGUGCCUUUAUGGACCCCUCUAUGAGCAGCCAGUAGGUUGAUCUAGAACGGUACCACGUGAUUUGUUGCACCGCUACCCGGAACCAAACAUUUAGAGGUGGUGAGGAAAAACUCAUAUUUUCAUGCGCCAAUUUUGUGGAUCGAACAAAGAUCACCUAACGUAAAUGCAGAAAACCUUACUUUUAUCAUUAGCAUGGUCGGGUCGAUGUUUGGUUAUUGCCCUACAUACUCACGUGACUAACAAGUCAGGAGUAUACCAAGUGACUCACGACAUCUUUUCUAUGAUCGCAAUACAUUCAGCAUUACUGGGGCCACAGGCGCCACAAACCAAGUUUGAAUAUGCGCGCGAUUCUAUACGAACAUACAACAAAGACUUGCACCGUAAAACACUUAUACCAGGAAUUUCUUUUCCGGCGCGUUACGCGUCACGCACUUCCGGAAUGUCAUCUUCCCUCGUGUUGACAGAUUGAAAACAUAUACAAACUUAACUUCGAUUCUGCCGAGAUGCAGAAUUUAGUUAGCGGUACUGUGACCCCGUCUAGCAUUGAAAUUCAGGUGAGUAAAUAACGUUUCUGAUAUUAAGGUUUCAAUACGAUUAAAACUAUAGCAAGCGAGUAUUUCGACAAUAUUCCCUUCUACUAACUGUGAUUUGAACUGCGUAUUGUCUCUUCAUUAUGGUUUAUCGCAAAAAUCAGUUGAAAGGAAUCAUGUUAAGCCGAACAGAAACGCCGAAAUAUAAUCUGAAACCGUUACAACUCUGACUAGGAUUUAAAUGUCGAAGUAACUUAGGUUUGCGAAGGAUUAAUAUUCCAAGCGUUGAAACUUGCUUGUUGCACGCGCCUUCCUGGUGUCAAAAUACCCUUCAGUUUUUGGUCUCUCGACGGUGCGCAUUUGGAAUGCCGCCAGAAACAUUUCAACACAAACAACAGCAAAGGAUAUGCUUCAAUACAGUUCUUGUUUCAUAUUGAAAUUCCGUGUACCAACUGUGUUUUUACGAUGGUGAAGUUAGGUCAAGUUUGCCAUUUUUUAAAAGUGCUGAAACCGUGUUUCUUCUUUGGGCCGGUACAGUCACAUUUAAACGGUUUAUUUAAAGUUAACUGCUGAAUUAUAAAGUAAAAAUAUGUGUAUGUUUUGUGACUUGAUUUCAUCUAGAGAUAUUACUCCGUUUUUAUGUACGAGCGCGAAGAAAAUGCUCCAUUUUCGCUAAUUUCAUACUCGAAAGAGCGCCGAUUUAGAGUUUUUCAAACUUUGCCUGAUUCCUGAAAAAACAAAAAGCUGAUACAAGUUUUAACGUGAUUUUUGAAAUUAGUGUACUAUAGAGAUUAUUUGAGCAAAAUAUGAAGAAAUUCAAAAAUUCACGACUGUCAACCGAUUCUCGAAAAUUACAGACAUUGGCUCUUAAAUACCAUCAAACCUUUGUUCGCGGGUUGACUUCUGGAUAUUGGCCCUGGUUACAUGCUUACCUCAAUCGAUGUUAUGUUCCUUUCUUGGCAACACGCCCUUUCCUCGGCAAAUACAAGAC